UGUAGGAUGAGGCAGGAUGGGCACUGAAGAGGUGGAGGGCUUUAGUGAGGAAUGGGUGGCAUGAGAGGAACCUCCACCUGUUCCUAGUCUAUACUCACUUUAUUCUCCCAUUUCACUUGCUAGGAAUGGGCUUUACAGGUUAAUCAGAACCCUAUAGAACUCAGGUGACAAACAACUGGAUCAGAAAGCAGUUGGAGGGCAAGAUCAGAGGUCUCAGUUGGCUACAGAGAGUGACAAGUAAGGAGAGGGAGCAGGAAUCGCUACAUUUGGUUUCAAGUCUCUGCACCACCCCUUCCCCGUGACUGAAUGUUGACCCUUUGGUAGGCUGGAAAAGCAGAAGGUGGAGGCCAGGGAAUGCUUGUGGCUUCAGGCAGAAAUGUAUGAGCUGAAGGGCUUUCUAGGAACUUCCCGGUUUGGGUGUGUGCCUGCUGAUGGCCUGGGACUGAAGAGAGCUACUUGUACAACAGGUAUUUCACUAUUCGAAAAUGUUAUUCUUACCUUGAAGAUAAUGAGGAAAGCCCUAUAUUUAGCCAGGCCAUGCUUACACAGCCAUCUCCAUUAUGCCAUGCUCACACAAUUACGACCCACCGAAAGCGGCAUGAAAGGAGAAGGGCAGGGUGGCCCAGAGGAUGGGGCUGAAACAAGAUUCUAUGAGCACUGCCACCUGGCAAGUGAUGGAGCUGGGGACGGUAGUCACCAUAGAGACUAGGAAGCCGAGAGAGCUUGUCGUUUCCCCUCAGCCUCUUCUGGUAUUGAAUGUAGCACAGAGCUGCUGGGCAUGAAUAUGGGGCUGCCUUGAUAAAUGGGGUCAGGUAGCUGGGCAGCAGAGCUCCCCCUUCCCACUCUAUAACGAGCUCUGUCAUGGAGCUGUCACUUGGCUAUGAAGUUCCUGUCAAUUCCACUUCAGCAACCAAUCAGUCACUCAAUAGGUAUUUAUUAAAUGCCUGCUGUGGCCCUGGCACUUUGCUUGGAGAUAAAAAGACAGAAAUGAAACAGUCCUUAGCCUCAAGGAGGUUACAUUAUGUUGAGGGCAGGCAAUAUAUUUAUAUCUAUAUGAGGAUAAACAAAACAUAAGUAAAACAAAUAUGAGGGAUCUGAUGGGGGCAGGAGGGCAUAGCUGCUCAGGGUAGAUGAGGAAAGGCCCCAUUUGAAAGGUGACACUGAGCUAUGAGGGAAACUAGUCAUUCUAAGAGGUAGAAGUGAGAAGCAGAAGCAUUCCAGGUGGAGGGGUCAGCCAGUGCAAAGACAGAGAGGCUGGAGAUGGCAUGUCAGAUGAGAGGGACGUCAAGGAGGCCAGUUGGGCUGGACCAUCAAGUGUGUGAAGGGAAGUAAUGUGUAAUUAGCCCAGAAAGUCACAUUAUGAAAGGCUUCAAAUCCUAUACAAACGAGUUUCCAUUUGACCCUGGAAGUAACAGGGAGGAAGCCGCUGGAAUUUAUUUGGUAAAAUAGUUGUAUGGUCCAACCUGUGCUUCUGGAAAAUCAUUUUGGCAUCUAUGGGAAGGAUGGAUUGGAGAAGGGAGAGACUUGAGUCAGGAAGACCAAUCAAGAGGCUGUUACAAUAACCCAACCAAAAGGCCUCUACUCCUCAGCAUCAGGUCAGGCAUAGUGGUUCCCUUGGUCGCUUUCUUCAUCUGGUCAUCUAAGUGGUCGUUCUGGGUUGGGAAAAUCUGAAUUCGAAUCUCACCAUGGACAUUUACCAGUUAGUUGUGUGAUCCUGGACAAGUUACUUAAUCUCCCUCAGUCUCCUCAUCUGUAAAAUGGAGAUCAUAACAGUAGCUACACUGCAAGGUUAUUGUGAAGCUCUAAUGAGAUGCUCCAUAUUUUUAAAAAUAUGUCACAAACCUUAGCGAGUGCACUAUCGGUGCAAUGUGCUGCCAGAAUGAAAUAAUUACCAAGGAAAGUCAUCAUUUUCCCAUCUGCCACUUUGUUUGGGGCAGACGACUCCAACAGAUGUCUCGAUAGUAGAUGUUCUACUUCUCAGUAAGAGCCCGUUUUGAUGUCAGCUUUGUGGUCUUUCUUCCGAGCUCCUCAUCUCAUUCUUCCUUCCUUUUGUUCAGGUGGUGUGUGGCAUCCUCCAGUGACCCAACACCACGUCUGGUUUUCACACCACUGAUCCUCGGCGGGGGCAAAAUCAGCACCUACUGUGUACCAGGUAGUGGGCAUGCAAAGGACGGUCCUAGCCCUGAAUGAGCUUAUAUCCAAAUGGCCAAGACACGUAUAGAUAACCAGCUGAAACACAAUUCCACUGGAUUUUACAAGUGUCAUUGAUCAAGAACUAUUUGAAAGAAUGAGAAGAAAGGACAACUGAGUCUCUACCAGUGAGGGAUGGAUCAGUGAAGUCACUUGGAAUAAGGAAGACAGCCAAUGAGUUGUAAACAAUCCAUAUCUCAAAAGGAGGCCAACCAGCAGUUCCACUGGAUUUUACAAGUGUCAUUGAUCAAGACGUAUUUGAAGGAAUGAGUAGAAAGGACAACUGAGUAAGAUACCAGUGAGGAAUGGAUCAGUGAAGCCAUUUGGAGACAUUUGCAUUUGCCUGGUGCUGGGAGAUGAAGAAAGAGCAUUUGGAGGGAAGGAGAAGGAGGAAGACUUCUGGGGGAGAGAUGCCAAGUUCUAGUCUCUCCUCAAAUGAAAAAAUAAGUAAAAAGGACAGCUGAGUCGCUACAAGUGAGGGGAUGGAUCAGUGAAACAACUUGCCAACCAGUAAUUCCAUUGGAAUUUACAAGUGUCAUUGAUCAAGACCUAUUUGAAAGAAUAAGUAGGAAGGACAACUGAGUCAAUACCAGUAAGGGAUGGAUCAGUGAAGUCACUUGGAUUCUAGAGCACAGGAUGGUAGUUAUGGAAAUUACUGGCCAGACAUGGUGGGUGAGCAUAGUGAGAUUCAUUGAGUAGGUAAUGACAGACUAAGAUGCCCUUUAUGGCUUCAUUCAAGGUCCUGCUAAAAUCACUUUCAAGAGUAAGUUUUCACCCUCUGAAUAUCAAUGAUCAUUGUUAUAUCCUAUGCAACUUACUGUCUUUGUGACAUUAUCAGAGACAUUGGCAUUUGCCCGGUGGUGGGAGAUGAUGAAAGAGCAUUUGGAGGGAAGGAGAAAAGGAGGAAGACAUCUGGGGGAGAGAUAUAAAGAGGAAGAGAGAGUAUGAGGAAGAAAGAGAGAGGAAGUCGAGAGAGAGAGAGAGGGAGGGAGGGAGAGGAAGCAGAAGUGGAAGAGGAGGAGGAAGUGGAAGGGGAAGAGGAAGUGGAGGAGGAAGUGAAGGAGAAGUGGAAGUGGAAGAGGAGGAAGUGGAAGGGGAAGAGGAAGAGGAAGAGAGGGAGUGGGAGAGAGAGAGGGCCCACAGUUGACAGUACUUAAUGAAUUCUGAUCACCAGACCUAGGUCUAGUCACUUCUCAAAUGAAAAAAUAAGUAGAAAGGACAACAGAAUUGCUACCAGUGAGGAAUGGAUCAGUGAAACAACUUGGAAUCAAGAACAAAGCCAAUGAGUUGUAAAUGAUCCAUAUCUCAAAAGGAGGGUGAGCAUCUUCAUCUCCUUUAAGCAGAGGUCAGAUCAGAGUAUCCUAGCCCUCCCUGGCUUCCUUCAAGUAUGUCUCUAUUAAAAAUUGAUCUUCCAUUGAAAGUUUUCAUCCCUGUGAUUAUCAAAUAUCAGUGUUAUGUCCCAUGCAAAUCAUUCUCUUUGUGAAAUUAUAGGAGACCUUGGUAUUGGAGUGUUGAGGGGAGAUGAAAAAAGAGCUUUGGGAGGGAAGGAGGAGGAAGAAGAUAUCUAGGGAGAGAAUUUAGGUGGAAUAGAGUAUGAGGGAGAAAGAAAUUGGGAUGAAGAGGAGAGAGAGAGACAGAGAGACAGAGAGAGAGAGAGAGAGAGAGAGAGAGAGAGAGAGAGAGAGAGAGAGAGAGAGAGAGAGAGAGAGAGAGAGAGAGAGAGGACAGAGAGAGGGAGAGAGAGAGAGAUACAGAGAGAGAGAGAGAUACAGAGAGAGAGAGAGAGAUACAGAGAGAGAGAGAGAGAAUCAGAUUGUACUCAGUGAAUUCAAGCCACUAGGUCCCCAUGAGGUCUCAUCUCAGGGUAAUAUAUAAAAGAAUAGGAAGAUUUCAUUCUACUACCUACAGCCUGGCAGGCACUACCAGCCAGGGAUGGACCAGGGAAAGCCCUUGGUGUGUGGGAAAGGGGGCCCUCCACUACAAUUCUUUCAGUGGCCUAUUUUUCCUGAAAGGAGAAGAUGGAAGAGUAGAGUCAUUAUAAAUCAGGGAAGUUGCUUUUUUUCCUAAGAGGAUUCUGGGACACAUUGAUCCAGUGGCCAAAGGAGGGUGAGCAUAGUUAUCUUCAUUAAGGAGAGGUCAGACCACAUUAUCUCAGGCUUGUCUGGCUUCCUUCAGGUCCCUAUUAACAUCUGCUCUUCCAUAGGAUGUUAAUCCCUGUGUUUAUCAUCAAUGAUCAGUGUUAUAUCCUAGCCAACUUACUGUCUUUGUGACAUUGUCAGAGACAUUUGUAAUGGGGAUGGGGCAGGACAGAGAUCAUUGGGAAGGAAGGAAAAGUGUGUAAGGCAGUGGAGGGAGAAGAUAUUAAGAGGGAGAUUGAGGGAGGAUGCCAGAGAGACAAAGAGAGAGCACCAGUGAUUUCUCAUCACCUGACUUGGGUGAACUCUUCUCAGGUUACUGCAAGAAUAGGCAGAAAGGACAGCCAUUGCACUACCCGUGAGGGAUGGAUCAGUGAAAGACCUUGAUGAGUGGGAAAAGGGUGGUGUAUUUGAAUACUGUAAAUUGCCAGUUUCUCUAAUAUGGGGAAGAAGAAGGAAGAGUUUGGAUUUUAACCAAUUGGCUGGACUUCCCUCUCCCUCAGGAUUCUAGAGCUCAUGAAGGUAGUUAUGGAAACUACUGGUCACAAAGAGUGGGUGAGCAUAGUGAGCUUCAUUGAGUAGGUCAUGACAGACUAAGCUGCCCUUCAUGGAUUCAUACACAUUCCUGCUAAAAUCAGAACUUCUAUAUGAACAAGGUGAAUACCUUGUGAUUAUUUAUUAAUAUUUUGUUAAAAUCUGGGCAAAUUACUGUAUUUGGGGGGGAGGAUAGGAGAGGGGGAGAGAGACAGACAGAGAAUGGGGGUUUGAAGGGACAAAGAAGGAGGAAGACAGAAGGGAGGGGAGGAGGUAAAAGGGCAGAGAGGAGAUAGCAGAGACACUGAAGGAGAGGGAGAAUUCAAGAGAAAGAGAGACAUGCAGAGAAAGAUUCUGACAGCACUCAGUGGAUUCAAGUCUCAAGUCCCAAGUCCCAGGUGAGUAACCUUCUCAAAUUGAUGGAAGACUAGAAAGAUGCCACCAAAGGAUGGAGCAGUGAAACUCUGUUGGGGAUAUGACAAAGGAGAACCCAGAAUGCUUUAGUAGGCCUUUUUGUCUAAGAGGGAGGAAGAGGGAUGAGUCUGGACAUUAUAUGCCAGUGGGCUUGAAUUGUUUCUCUUCUAGGAAUGAAGAAACACAUUCGACAAGUUCUAAAAGGUAGAGAUUCCAAAAGGAGGGGUGUAUGCAUCAUUAUCAUCAAUAAGCUGAGGUCAGACCAGAGUAUCCUGGCCCUCCCUGGCUUCUUUCAGUUCUGUAUUAAAAUCUGAUCUUCUACAGGAAUUUUUCAUCUCUGAGAUCAUCAAUGAUCAGUGUUAUAUCCUAGACAACUUACUGUCUCUGUGUCAUCGUUGGGGACAUUGGUUAAUGGAGUGCUGGGGGGAGAUGAAUAAAGCACAUUGGGAGGGAAGGAGAAGGGGGAGAAACUGGGGGGGAGAGAAGUUAGGAGGAAGAGAGUAUGAGGGAGAAAGAAAGAGGGAGGCAGAGGAGAAAAACAGAGAGAGGGAGAGAGAAGAAGAGAGAGAGAUCGAGUGGGGCAGGGAGAGAGACAGAGAGAAAGAGGAGGGGGAAGAAAGUGAGAGGCAGAGAAAGGGCCCACAGUUGGCAGUAGUAAGUGAAUUCUUAUCACCAGGCAUAGGUCAAGCCUCUUCUCUGGUUAAUGAAAGAAUAAGUAGAUUUGAAAUAAUUUAUUUACUUAAUACAUUUAGUACAUUUUUCCAUGGUCAUAUGAUUCAUGUUCUUUCCCCUUGCCUCCUCCCACCCCCUUUCUGUAGUCAACCAGUAAUUCCACUGGAUUUUACAAGUGUCAUUGAUCAAGAACUAUUUGAAAGAAUAAGUAGGAAGGACAACCUAGUCGAUGCCAGUGAGGGGAUGGAUCAGUGAAGUCACUUGGAAUCAAGAACACAGCCUACGAGUUGUAAAGGAUCCAAAUCUCAAAAGGAGGAUGAGCAUCUUCAUCUUCGUUAAGCCCAGGCCAGACCAGAGUAUCCCAGCUCUUCCUGUUUUCUAUCAGGAUUCUGGGACACAUUGAUCCAGUGGCCAAAGGGGGGUGAGUAUAGGUAUCCUCAUUAAGGAGAGGAUAGACCAGAGUAUUCCGGCCCUCCCUGACUUCCUUCAGGUAUGUCCCUAUUAAAAAUCGACCUUCUACAGGAACUUUUCAUCCCUGUGAUUAUCAAUGAUCAGUGUUAUAUCCCAGGCAAGUUACUGCCUUUGUGUCAUUGUUGUAGACAUUGGUUAUUGGUGAGCUGAAGAAAAAGCAUUGGGAGGGAAGGAGAAGGAGGAAGAAACUUGGGGGAGAGAAGUUAGGAGGAAGACAGUAUGAGGGAGAAAGAAAGAGGGAGGAAGAGGAGAAAACCAGAGAGAAGGAGAGAAAAGAAGAGAGUUCCAAUGGGGGGGGGGGAGAGACAGAGAGAAAGAGGAGGAGGAAAAAGUGAGAGUCAGAGGAAGGGCUCACAAUUGGCAGUGUAAAUGAAGCUUAUCAGCAGGACUAGGUCAAGAUUCUUCUCUGCUUAAUGAAAGAAUAAGUAGAUUUGAUAUAAUUUAUUUACUUAAUUCAUUUAGAAUAUUUUUCCAUGGUCACAUGAUUCAUGUUCUUUCUAUCAUAACUUCCCCCCCUCCUAUAGCCAAUAAGCAAUUUUACUGGGUUUUACAGUUGUCACUGAUGAAGACCUUUUUGAAAGAAGAGUAGAAAGGACAACUGAGUCACUGUUAGUGAGGGAUGGAACAGUGAUGCCACUUGGCCUAGGUCUAGUCUCUUCUCAAAUGAAAAAAUAAGUAGAAAGGACAACUGAGUCGCUACCAGUGAGGAAUGGAUCAGUGAAACAACUUGGAAUCAAGAACACGGCCUACAAGUUGUAUAGGAUCGAUAUCUCAACAGGAGGAUGAGCAUCUUCAUCUUCCUUAAGCCCAGGCCAGACCAGAGUAUCCCAGCCCUCCCUGGUUUCCUUCAGCCAAUAAGCAAUUGAACUGGAUUUUACAAGUGUCAUUCAUCAAGACGUAUUUGAAGGAAUGAGUAGAAAGGACAACUGAGUCACUAUCAGUGAGUGAUGGAUGAGUGAAACCACUUGGAAUCAAGAACAUAGCCUACGAGUUGUAUAGGAUCCAUAUCUCAACAGGAGGGUGAGCAUCUUCAUCUUCCUUAAUCAGAUGUCAGACCAGAGUAUCCCGGCCCUCCCUGGUUUCCUUCAGACCUAGGUCUAGUCUCUUCUCAAAUGAAAAAAUAAGUAGAAAGGACAGCUGAGUCACUACCAGUGAGGAAUGGAUCAGUAAUGAAACAACUUGCAAUCAAGAACAAAGCCAAUGAGUUGUAUAUGAUCCAUAUCUCAAAUGGAGGGUGAGCAUCUUCAUCUUCUUUAAGCAGAGGUCAGAUCAGAGUAUCCCGGCCUUCCCUGCUUUCCUUCAGGCCUAGGUCUAGUCUCUUCUCAAAUGAAAAAAUAAGUAGAAAGGACAGCUGAGUCACUACCAGUGAGGAACAGAUCAAUGAAACAACUUGGUGAGUGGGAAUGGGGGUGCUGGGCUACAAUACUGCAAAUGUUCCUUCUUCCCUCAAAUGGGGAAGAAGGAAGAGUCUGCAUAUUACACCAAUUGGCUAGACGGUAGAAGGAAGAGUCUGGACAUUAAACGAAUUGAUUGGACGUCCCUCUCCCUUAGGAUUCUAGAGCACAUAAAGGUAGUACAUAAAGGGGAACCUGGUAUGCUGCAGUAGGCCUUUUUGGUUAAGAGGGGGAAGAGGGAUGAGUCUGGACAUUAUUAGGCAGGGCCUUGAUUUGUUUCUCUUCCAGCAAUCAAGAACAAAGCCAAUGAGUUGUAUGUGAUCCAUAUCUCAAAAGGAGGGUGAGCAUCUUCAUCUUCUUUAAGCAGAGGUCAGAUCAGAGUAUCCCGGCCUUCCCCGAUUUCCUUCAGGUUACUGCAAGAAUAGGCAGAAGGGCAGCCAUGGCACUACCAGUGAGGGAUGGAUCAGUGACCAUCCCCACCAAGUGGACCUUGGAAUAGAGAACACAUUCAACAAGUUGUAGAAGGUAGCGAUUCCAAAAGGAGGCUGAGCAUAGAUACCUUCAUUAAUCAGAGGUCACAACAGAGUAUCCUGGCCCUCCCUGGCUUCCUUUAGCCAUCAAGAACAAAGCCAAUGAGUUGUAAAAGAUCCAUAUCUCCAAAGCAAGGAAUGGAGAACACAGGCAAUGAGUUGUAUAUGAUCCAUAUCUCAACAGGAGGAUGAGCAUCUUCAUCUUCCUUAAGGCCAGGCCAGACCAGAGUAUCCCAGCCCUCCCUGGUUUCGUUCAGGUAUGUCUCUGUUAAAAAGCGAUCUUCCACAGCAUUGUUAAGUGACCCACUGGCCCUCCCUGUGGCCAGCUGGGCCUCAUCACAGUGCAAGAGUAACUCCCCUCUUUACAGAAGGGCCAGGCCUGCCUUGUAGGCUGCUCCUUUUGAACUGGGGUACAUCUGGCCAGCAUGGGGCAGGCACUUCAAUAAAAAGCUAGCUCGCCCUUUGGAUGAAGAACCCCGACCCCAGCCCACAAGUGGCAUGCCCCUGCCCCUGUAUGCUAAUGGCCAGUGAAGGAAGAUAAUGCUCCAGGCAUUUUGCUAACCACUGCUCUCUUUCCUCCACCUCCUGGGUUCCCAGCCUUAGCUGGGAAGCUAAAAACUCCCAAAGUGUCCCAUUGACAGUGAUCGGAGCAUGUCUGCUCUUGAGGCCACAGACUACUUUGUGUGACAAGGGCUGUGUGGAUGUAGUGGGCUUUAGCUACCUCUAGGUGUUCUCUCCUGGCCUCCUCCCACCCACCUAUUACUUCAAUAGGAGGGCCCUCAGGCAUGUGCUCAGAUGAUACUAGUACAGAAGCCCAGAAAACGGAAGUUUACUUCAGUCUGCCUCCCUUUCCUUCUCCUGGAUUUAAAUCUCCUAACUAGGAGGGUCCCUAUGAUGUCUCUCCCCACAUUGGCGGGCCGGCCGGCCUGCCCUGUGGCCCCCUUCUCCAGAGUCUCCUUAUCCAUUUUUUGAACAUCUGGUCCUUCAGACAACCUUCCUCCUUUCCUUUUGCCAGGCUGCUAUGAAUAGCAACCCCAUUAGUAUCUUCUCUGAUCCUUCCAUUCAUCCAACUGCAAGUCCUGUUGCUGUCUUGUCCAAAAUUGGACUCAAAUGUCCUGGCCAUCCUCCCCCUCACCUAGGCUUUCAGUUGCAUCUUCACAUGCCAGUCAUCCACUCUGUUGCUUAGAUCUAUGGAUUCUCCCUUUAAAGUCUUUCAAAUGUCCCCCAUUGCUCUGAAUCCACCACUCCUCGAUGAUGUUCCAUCCCAUGGGCAAGGGAUUAUCUCUAGUUAUCCCUGCCUUCCAUCUCUUGUCUAUGUGCCUUUUGCUACUAGAAGCAUGCCUGUGUCUUCCCAAGCCCUUGAUCUCCAUCGCCACUUCUCUAUCUAACUAAACCCAAGUCUCCACUUUCUCCUCGCUAUCCCUUAACCUUCUUACACUCUGCCUUCUGACCUUAUCUAGCCAAAAUGACCCUCUCCUAGUUCCCAGUGACUUGGCUGUCAUCGUGGCCUUUGUGCCUUUUGCUGCUGCCUGUAUUCCUCUCCCUUAUACUUCUGGUCCUACCUCUCAGGCCUCUUCAUGCUCUUUUUUGGAAUCCUCAGCCAAGUCACCCCUUAUUACUAGUCUCCUAUAGGCUUCUCCCUCCUAAUACACUUCAUAAUUAGCUCCCAUGGACUCUUAUCUCUGCUGCUGAUCCUUGCAUCUACACAUCGUGCCCUGCCCUCUCCUGACCUCCAGUCAGCAACUGCCUUUUAGUUAGCUGUCCGAAUCUGGGUGGCCAGUCGAUGUCAACGGAACUCAUCUUUGCACCCUACACCCUGUCCCUUCCAAACUACCCUAGAAUAGUGAUGGGCAUUUAAUUUGAUCCUUGAACAACCUUGGGGGGGGGGAGGUAAAUGCUAUUUAGCCCCAUUUUAGAGUUGAGGAAACAAGGCAAAUAGAUUAAUUUGUCCCUGAUCAGGCCAUAUUUCAACUCCAUUCUUACUGUCUGGGAGUCCAACCCCAUCACUCUAAUUCAUAGGACUACCCAACUGCCAAUGAGGUGUCAUCCCUGCAUGUCCAAUCUGUGGCCAAGGUCUCUGAAAUCUCAAAUAUCCCCCUUCUGGUGUCACUUCUGAUAUCCUGAUACACUCCAUCUCCAUUCCUGACCAUUACAAUUCUGUGCUGGUGACUGCCAUCCAGAAAUCUCUCUCAGCACUCUCAUCUAGCCAGCCAAAGUGAUUUCUUAAAGCAAAAGUCACCCACCCCCAUUCAUUAAACUCCUGUGGCUCCCUAUUACCUCUCGGAUCAAAUAUAAGAUUCUCAUUUGGGUAAUCAAAACCCUUCUUCACCCAGGUCCAGUUUUACACUUUUAUUCUACUUUUCUAUCCAGUGAUAUAGGCCUCUUUUCUAUUCACUAACCAAUCCUCCAACUGACUUCCUUGACUUUAGGUCUAUCAAAUUCCUUAAGCCUUAUGCAACCCCCUUAAAUCUGGUACCUUCCCUCCAUUAAGAAUAAUAAAUCAUAAAAAUCUCAUCCUAUGCUGAAUUCCUUGAAGGCAGGGACCCCUGUCUCUGAGUUUGGGCACCUUUUAUCUGUCUUCCCUGGAGGAAGACAUUCCCAAAGCCUCAGUUCUCAACGGUUCAAUUGUUACCCUUACACAGAGGUUUCCUAGAUCCAAUAAGUCUCCAGCUAAGCUCCAAACCCCAGCUGUUCACUACCUUUGGCUGGAUGUCCUCAGGCAUCUCCAGUUCAACUGGUUCAAUUGUAAGUUCCUUAUCUUUUCCCUAAGAUUUCCCCUCCUCUGAAAUUUCCUAGUUCCUUUUUGGGGGGUUGGGGGAGGAAUCCCUUUUCCUACUGGUCACUCUUUUUAACCCCAUUGCCUUCUGUCUUUAUCAAUUCACAAGAGCUAGGUAAUCGGGGUUCUGACUUGCCCAAGCUCACAGGCAGUGUCUGAGGACAUAUUUGAACUCGGUUCCUCCCAACUCCAGGCCUGGUGCUCUAUCCAUUGUGCCACCCAGUUGUCCCUUGGUCACUGAGUUUUGAAACCAUGGCAUUAUCCUCAGUUCUUCACUCUCCCUCAGCCACAUUUGAUAAUCAAUUACCAAGUGGGUGGCUUCCCCCUCCAACCUUCAAUUCUGACCUACUUCCUUCCCUUUUCUUGCCCUCAUGGAUGUGUCUCCCUCACAAACACACAAAAUAAAUUUUAUAAAAUCGAUCGUCAGUUGAAAGUUUUCGUUCCUGUGAUUUUCAAAUAUCAGUGUUAUGUCCCAUGCAACGUACUGUCUUUGUGAAAUUAUAGGAGACCUUGUUAUUGGAGUGAUGGGUAGAGAUGAAGAAAGAGCUUUGGGAGUUUCGGAGGGAAGGAGAAGGAGGAAGAAGACAUCUGGGAUUCUGGGACACCUUGAUCCAGGGGCCAAAGGAGGGUUAGUGAAAGAAGAAUAGGCAGAAAGGACAGCCAUGGCACUACCAGUGAGGGAUGGAUCAGUGAAAGACCUUGGAAUAGAGAACACAUUCAACAAGUUGUAGAAGGUAGUGAUUCCAAAAGGAGGCUGAGCAUAGAUACCUUCAUUAAUCAGAGGUCACAACAGAGUAUCCUGGCCCUCCCUGGCUUCCUUUAGGCCUAGGUCUAGUCUCUUCUCAAAUGAAAAAAUAAGUAGAAAGGACAACUGAGUCACUACCAGUGAGGAAUGGAUCAGUAAUGAAACAACUUGAACACAGCCAAUGAGGUGUAAACGAUCCAUAUCUCAAAAGGAGGGUGAGCAUCUUCAUCUUCUUUAAGCAGAGGUCAGAUCAGAGUAUCCCGGCCUUCCCCGAUUUCCUUCAGGAAUAGAGAACACAUUCAACAAGUUGUAGAAGGUAGCGAUUCCAAAAGGAGGCUGAGCAUAGAUACCUUCAUUAAUCAGAGGUCACAACAGAGUAUCCUGGCCCUCCCUGGCUUCCUUUAGCCAAUAAGCAAUUUCAGUGGGUUUUACCGGUGUCACUGAUGAAGACCUUUUUGAAAGAAGAGUAGAAAGGACAACUGAGUCACUGUUAGUGAGGGAUGGAACAGUGAUGUCACUUGCCAAUAAGCAAUUGCACUGGAUUUUACAAGUGUCAUUCAUCAAGACGUAUUUGAAGGAAUGAGUAGAAAGGACAACUGAGUCACUAUCAGUGAGUGAUGGAUGAGUGAAACCACUAGGCCUAGGUCUAGUCUCUUCUCAAAUGGAAAAAUAAGUAGAAAGGACAGCUGAGUCGCUACCAGUGAGGAAUGGAUCAGUGAAACAACUUGGAAUCAAGAACACAGUCUACAAGUUGUAUAGGAUCCAUAUCUCAACAGGAGGAUGAGCAUCUUCAUCUUCCUUAAGGCCAGGCCAGACCAGAGUAUCCCAGCCCUCCCUGGUUUCGUUCAGGUCUAGUCUCUUCUCAAAUGAAAAAAUAAGUAGAAAGGACAACUGAGUCGCUACCAGUGAGGAAUGGAUCAAUAAUGAAACAACUUGCAAUCAAGAACAAAGCCAAUGAAUUGUAUAUGAUCCAUAUCUCCAAAGGAGUGUGAGCAUCUUCAUCUUCUUUAAGUAGAGGUCAGAUCAAAGUGUCCCAGCCUUCCCGUGUUUCGUUCAGGAUUGUGGGACACCUUGAUCCAGUGGCCAAAGAGGGGGUCAUCAAAGUGAUCCUCAUUAAGCAGAGGACAGACCAGGAUAUGACUGCCCUCACUGUCUUCCUUCAGGCCUAGAUCUAGUCUCUUCUCAAAUGAAAAAAUAAGUAGAAAGGACAGCUGAGUCGCUACCAGUGAGGAAUGGAACAGUGAAACAACUUGGAAUGGAGAACAAAGGCAAUGAGUUGUAUAUGAUCCAUAUCUCAAAAGGAGGGUGAGUAUCUUCAUCUUCCUUAAGAAGAGUUUAGACCAGAGUAUCCUGGCCCUCCCUGGUUUCCUUCAGGUAUGUCUCUGUUAAAAAUGGAUCUUCCAUUGAACGUUUUCAUCCCUGUGGUUAUCAAGUAUCAGUGUUAUGUUCAAUGCAAAUUACUGUCUUUGUGAAAUUAUUGGAGACCUUGGUAUUGGAGUGUUGGGGGGAGAUGAAGAAGGAGCAUUCAGAGGGAAGGAGAAGGAGGAAGAAGAUAUCUGGGAGAGAGAUGUUAGGAAGAACAGAGUAUGCGGGAGAAAGAAAUUUGGAGGUAGCAGAGAAGGAGAGACAGAGACAGAGACAGAGAGACAGACAGAGAGAGAGAGAAUCAGAUUGGACUCAGUGACUUCAAGUCAUUAGGUCUCUAUGUACUCUCAUGUUAGUGUAAUAAAUAAAUGAAUAGGAAAUUGAACAGCGAGCCAGGGAUGGGUCAGUGAAAGACCUUGGUGAGUGGGAAAGAGCGGCUGCUGGGAUAGAAUACUGCAAAUGGCCCAUAUUCCCUCAAAUGGGGAAGAAGGAAGAGUCUGGAUAUUAAAGGCCAGUUGGCUGGAAUUCCCUCUCCCUCAGGAUUCUAGAGCACAGGAUGGUAGUUAUGGCAACUACUGGUCACACAGGGUGUGUGAGCACAGUGAGCUUCAUUGACUUACAAGUGAUGACAAGCUAACCUUCUUGACUUCAUUCAAGUUCCUGCUAAAAUCAGAAUUAAUACAGGAAGUUUUCAUCCUUGAGAUUAUCAAGGAUCACAGUCAUAUCCAAUGGAAUUUAUCAAGUUUGUGACAUUGUGGAAGAGACACUGGUAUUGGAGUGGUGGGGAGAGAUGAAGAAACUAGCAUUGGGAAGGAAGGAGAAGGAGAAAGGUAUCUGGGGGAGAAAAUUUAGGAGGAAGACAGUAUGAGGGAUAAAUAGAGGAAAGAGAGAGGAAGUGGAGAGAGAGAGAGAGAGAGGGACAGAGGGGAGAGGGAGAAGAGAGGGAAUGGCAGAGGGAGUGGAAGAGGAAAUGGAAGAGGAGGAGGGAGUGGAAGCAGAAGAGGAAGUGGAGGGGGAAGUGAAGGGGAAGAGGAAGUGGAAGUGGAACAGGAGUAGGAAGUGGAAUGGGAAAAGUAGGAGGAAGAGGAGUGGGGGGAAGAGGAAGUGGAAGAGAGGGAGUGGGAGAGAGAGAGAGGGCCCACACUUGACAGUAUUUAAUGAAUUCUCAUCACCAGGCCUAGGUCUAGUCUCUUCUCAAAUGAAAAAAUAAGUAGAAAGGACAACUGAGUCACUACCAGUGAGGAAUGGAUCAGUAAUGAAACAACUUGCAAUUAAGAACAAAGCCAAUGAGGUGUAAACGAUCCAUAUCUCAAAAGGAGGGUGAGCAUCUUCAUCUUCUUUAAGCAGAGGUCAGACCAGAGUAUCCUGGCCCUCCCUGACAUCCUUCAAGUAUGUCUCUAUUAAAAAUCGAUUUUCCAUUGAAAGUUUUCAUCCCUGUGAUUAUCAAAUAUCCGUGUUAUGUCAAAUGCAACUUACUGUCUUUGUGGAAGACUUUGGGAAGGAAGGAAAAGUGUGUAAGGCAGUGGAGGGAGAAGUGACUAAGAGGAAGAGCAAGGGAGGAGGACAGAGCGACAAAGAUAGAGCACCAGUGAUCUCUCAUUACCAGACAUGGGUGAACUUUUUUCAGGUUACUGAACGAAGAAUAGGCAGAAAGGACAGCUGUUGCACUACCAGUGAGGGAUGGAUCAGUGAAAGACCUUGGAAUGGAGAACACAGCCAAUGAAUUGUAUAUGUUUCAUAUCUCAAAAGGAGGGUGAGUAUCAUUAUCUUCUUAAAGCAGAGGUCAGACCAGAGUAUCCCGGCCCUCCCUGACAUCCUUCAGGUGUGUCUGUAUUAAAAAUGGAUCUUCCAUUGAAAGUUUUCAUCCCUGUGAUUAUCAAAUAUCAGUGUUAUGUCUAAUGCAACACUGUCUAUGUGAAGUUAUAGGAGAUCUUGGUAUUGGAGUGUUGGGGGAAGAUGAAUAAGGAUUAUUGGGAGAGAAGGAGAAGGAGGAAGAAGACGUCUGGGGGAUAGAAUUUAGGAGGAAUAGAGUAUGAGGGAGAAAUCGGGAGGAAGAGGAGAGAGAGAGAAAAAGAGACAGAAAGAGAAGAUAUAGAGAAAGAGGGAGAGAGAGAGAGAAUCAGAUUGACUCUGAAUUCAAGUCACUAGGUCUCCAUGAGAUCUCAUCUCAGAGUAAUAAAUGAAUAGGAAAUGAAACAGUGAGCCAGGGAUGGUUCGGUCUAAGACCUUGGUGAGUGGGGAAGAGGGGAACACUGGCUAGAAUAUUGGAAAUGGCCCAUAUUCCCUCAAAUAAGGAAGAAGGAAGAGUCUGGAUAUUAAAUCAAUUAGCUACAGUUCCCUCUCCCUUAGGAUUCUAGAGCAUAUGAAGGUAGUUAUGGAAACUGCUGCUCACACAGGGUGGGUGAGCAUAGUGAGCUUCAUUGACUUACAGGUGAUGAUGGGCUCACCUGCCCUUCUUGGCUUCAUUCAAGUUCCUGCUAAAAUCAGUACUUCUGUAUGAACUAUUCACCUUGUGAUUAUUAAUGCUCAGUGUUCAUUUAAGAUCCUGCUAAAUCAAUUUCUAUAGGAAGUUUUUACCCUCUUGAUUGUCAAUGAUCAGUGUUAUAUCCUAUGCAAAUUACUGUCUUUGUUUCAUUGUAGGAGACAUUCCUAUUUGAGUGGUGGGGAGAGAUGAAGAAAGAGCAUUGGGAGGGAAGGAGGAGGAGGAAGAAGAUAUCUGGGAGAGAGAAGUUAGGAGGAAUGGAGUAUGAGGGAGAAAGAAAUUUGGAGGAAGCAGAGGAGAGAAAGACAGAGAGAAGAUGAAGAAAGAGCAUUGGGAGGGAAGGAGGAGGAGGAGGAGAAAGAGGAAGUUGGAAGGGGAAGAGGAAUAGGAAGAGAGGGAGUGGGAGAGAGAGAGGGCCAACACUUGAUAGUUCUUCAUGAAUUCUGAUCACAAGGCCUAGGUCUAGACUCUUCUCAAAUGAAAAAAUAAGUAGAAAGAACAACUGAGUCACUACCAUUGAGGAGAUGGAUCAGUGAAACGACUUGGUGAAUAGGAAAAGGGGUGCUGUGCUAGAAUACUGCAAAUGUGCAUUUUCCCUCAAAUAGGGAAGAAAGAGUCUGGAUAUUAAACCAAUUGACUGGACUUCCCUCUCCCUCAGGAUUCUAGAGCACAUAAAGGUAGUUAUGGAAACUACUGGUCACACAUGGUAGUGGGUGAGCAUAGUGAGCUUCAUUGAGUACAGGUCAUGACAGGCUAACCUGCCUUUCUUGGCUUCAUUCAAGUUCCUGCUAAAAUCAGAAUUUCUACAGGAACUUUUCACUUUGCGAUUACUAAUGCUCAGUGUUAUAAUCUGUGCAACUUCACUGCAUUUGUGAGGAAGGAAGGGAGUGGGAGUGGAAGAGAGAGACAGAAAAGGAAAGAGAGACAGAGAAUGAACUGCUUAAAGGGAAAAGAAAGGAGAAAGACAGAAUGGAGGAGAUGUGGUAAAAGAGCUGAGAAGAGAUAGCAGAGAAACAGAUAGAGAGGGAGAAUUAAAGAGAAAGAGAGACAGAGAAGGAUUCUGACAGCACUCAGUGGAUUCAGGUCCUGAGUCCUGGGUGAGCAAUCCUCUCAAAUUAAUGGAAGACUAGGAAGAUGUAUAGUCGCAAUCACUGCUACCAAAGGAUGGAUUUGUGAAACACGUUGGGGAUAUGGCAAAGGGGAAGCUAGAAUGCUGCAACAGGCCUUUUUUGGCUAAAAGGGGAAGAGGGAUGAGUCUGGAUACUGUCAUAUUUGGGGCUUGUUUUGUUUCUCUUCCAGGAAUGGGGAACACAUUUAAGGAGUUCUAUAAGGUAAAGAUCCCAAAAGGAAGGGGGUGAGCAUAGUUACCUUCAUUAAGCAGAGGUCAGUCCAGAGUAUCCUGGCCCUUCCUUGUUUUAUUCAGGUAUGUCUCUAUGACAAAUCUAUCUUCUAUUGGAAAUUUUCAUCCCUGUGAUUAUCACAUAUCAGUGUUAUGUCCACUGCAACUUACUGUUUUUGUGAAAUUGCUGGAGACCUUGGUAUUGGAGUGUUGGGGGAAGAUGAAGAAAGAGCAAUUGGGGAGGAAGGAGAAGGAGGAAGAAGACAUGGGAGGGGGGAGAAAACUUAGGGAGGAAUAGAGUAUGAGGAAGAAAGAAAUUAGAAGGAAGAGGAGAGAGAGAGGGGGAGAGAGAGAGAGAGAGAGAGAGAGAGAGAGAGAGAGAGAGAGAGAGAGAGAGAGAGAGAGAGAGGGAGAGAGAGAGAGAGUCAGAUUAGUCUCAGUGCAUUCAAGUCACUAGGUCUCCAUGAGCUCUCAUAUCAGAGUAAUAAAUAAAUGAAUAGAAAAUGGAACAAUGAGCUAGAGAAGAAUCAGUUUAUCCAUCUGGUGAGUAGGAAAGGGAGCCUGUGCUAGAAUACUGCAAAUGGCCCAUUUUCCCUCAAAUGGGGAAGAAGGAAGAGUCUGGAUAUUAACCCCAUUUACUGGACUUCCCUGUCCCUCAGGAUUCUAGAGCACUUGAAGGUAGUUAUGGAAACUACUGGUCACACAGGGUGGGUGAGCAUAGUGAGUUUCAUUGACUUACAGGUGAUGACAGGCUAACCUGCCCUUCUUGGCUUCAUUCAGGUUCCUGCAAAAUCAGAACUUCUACAGUAACUUUUUAUCCUCUGAUUAUUAAUGCUCAGUGUUAUAAUCUUCACAAUUUACUGUAUUUGGGAGGGAGAGGAUGGUAGGUGGGCAGAGAGAGAGAGACAGAGAGAGAAUGGCGAGUUGAAGGGAGAAAAAAGGAGGAAGAUGGAAGUGAGGAGAGUGGAGGUAAAAGAACAGAGAAGAGGUAUCUCAGAAACAGAAAGAGGGAGAAUUAAAGAGAAGGAGAGACACACAGAGAAAGAUUCUGAUGGGACUCAGUGAAUUCAAGUCCCGAGUCCCAGGUGAGCAACUUUCUCAAAUUAAUGGAAGACUAGAAAGAUGCCACCAAAGGAUGGAGCAGUGAAACUCUGUUGGGGAUAUGGGAAAGGGGAACCUGGAAUCCUACAGUAGGCUCUUUUUGGCUAAUGGGGGGAAGAGAGAUGAGUCUGGACAUUAUAAGCCAGUGUGUUUGAUUAGUUUUAUUCCAAUAAUCGAGAACACAGGCAAUGAGUUGUAUAAGAUUACAGAUCUCAACAGGAGGGAGAGCAUCUUUAUCUUCUAUAAGCAGAAGUCAAACCAGAUUAUCUGGGCCCUCCCUGGCUUCCUUCAGGUUCCUACUAAAAUCUGAUCUUCUAGAGGAAGUUUUCAUCCCUGUGAUUAUCAAUGAUCAGUGUUAUAUCUCAUGCAACUUACUGUCUUUGUGACAUUGUAAGAGACAUUGGUAUUGGAGUGGUUGUGGGAGAUGAAGAAAGAGCACUGGGAGGGAAGGAAAAGGAGGAAGGCAUUUGGAGGUGGAAAAUAUGAGGAAGAGAGUCUGAGGAAGAAGAGAAAGAAAGAGGGAAGAAAAAAAAGAGGGUGAGGAGAGAAAAGAGAUAUGGAGGGAGAGAGAGAGAGAGGAAGGAGGAGGAAAGUGAGAGGGAGAGAGAGAGAAGGCCCACAACUGGCAGUACUAAAUGAAUUCUUAUCCCCAGCCCUUUGUCAAGUCAGUACUCAGGUUAAUUUAAGAAUAAGUAGGAUUGAAAAAUAUUAUUUAAUUAAUUGAUUUAGAAUAUUUUUCCAUGGUCAUGUGAUUCAUGUCCUUUCCCUCUCCUCCUCCCACCCCAAGCCAUAGCCAUCCAGCAAUUCCACUGGAUUUUAUGGGUAUGGUUGAUCAAGGCAUAUUUGAAAGAAUAAGUAAAAUGGACAACUGAGUCUCUACCAUUGAGUGAUGGAUCAGUGAAACAACUUGGUGAGGGGGAAAAAUUGGUUCUUGGCUAGAAUACUGCAAAUGGCAAUUUUUCCUCAAAUGGGGAAGAUUGAAGAGUCUGGAUAUUAAAAGCUAAUUGGCUGGAAUUCUCUUCUUUCUCAGGAUUCUAGAGCACAUGAAGGCAGUUAUGGAAACGACUGGUCACUCAUGGUGGGAAAGCAUAGUGAGCUUCAUUGAGUAGUACAGGUCAUAAUAGGCUAACCUGCCCAUCUUGGCUUCAUUCAAGUUCCUGCUAAAAUCAAUUUCUAUAGGAAGUUUUCACCCUGUGAUUAUCAAUGAUCAGUGCUAUAUCCUAUUCCACUCAUUAUCUCUGUGACAUUGUAGGAGACAUUGGUAUUUGAGUGGUGGGGAGAGAUGAAGGAAGAGCAUUGAAAGAGAAGGAGAAGGAGUAAGACAUUUGGGGGAAAGAAGUUAGGAGGAAGAGAGCAUGAGGGAGAAAUAAAGAGAAAGGGAGAUGAAGGGGAAGAGGAAGAGGGAGAGAGGGAAUGGGAGAGAGAAACAGAGAGAGGAUGAGAGCCUCUGUUAGGACUCAGUGCAUUCAAGUCACUUGGUCUCCCUGAGCUCUCAUCUCAGGGUAAUAAAUAAAAGAAAAGGAAGAUAGAAGAGCCAGCCAGGGAUGGAUCAGGAAAAGUACUUGGUAGUGGGAAAGGGGACCCUACACUACAAUACUUCCCAUGUCCCAUUUUUUCCUAAAAGAAGAUGGUAGAGUUAUUAUAAAUAAGGGGAUUUGAUUUCUUUUUCUAACAGGAUACUGGGACACCUUGAUCCAGUGGCUAAAAGGAAGUUGUGCAUAACUAUCUUCAUUAAACAGAGUUCAGACCCUAGAUUAUCCUGGCCCUCCUUAGCUUCCUUCAGGUCGGUAUUAACAUUUGGUCUCCUACAGGAAGUUUUCAUCCCUGUUAUAUAUCCUGUAUACAUCCCUGUUAUACAUCCCAGUGUUAUAUAUCCUAGGCAACUUACUGUCUUUGUGACAUUGUCAGAGACAUUUGUAAUGGGGAUGGGGCAGGACAGAGAUCAUUGGGAAGGAAAGAAAAGUGGGGAAAACAGUGGAGGGAGAAUAUAUUAAGAGGAAGAGCGAGGGAGGAGGAUAGGAGAGAGACAGAGAGGACCAGUGAUUUCUAAUCCCCAGAUUGGGUGAACUCUCUUCUCAGGUUUUUGAAAGAAUAGGCAGAAAGGAUAGCCAUGGCUCUCCCAAUGAGGGAUGGAUUAGUGAAGUCACUUGUUGAGUGGGAAAUAUAUUUGAAUACUGGAAAUGAUAAUUUUCCCUCAAAUGUGGAAGAAUGAAGGGUCUGGAUAUUAAAAGCCAAUUGGCCGGACCUCCUUCUCUCUCAGGAUUCUAGAGCACAUAGAGGUAGUUAUGGAAACUACUGGUCACACAGGGUGGGUGAGCAUAGUGAGCUUCAUUGAGUAGGUCAUGACAGGCUAACCUGCCCUUCAUGGAUUCAUUCUCGUUCCUGUUAAAAUCAGAAUUUCUAUGGGAACUUUUCAUCCUUAUGUUUAUUACUUCUCAGUUUAUAUGGGAGGGGGAGAAAGAGCAGAUGGGGAGAAAAUGGGAAUGUUGAAGAGAUAAAGAAAGGAUGAAGAUGGAAGGGAGGGAAGAGUUAAAAGAGCAGAGAAGAGGUGGCACUGAAAUGGAAAGGGAGGGAGAAUUAAAGAGAAAGGGAGACACAAAGAGAAAGAUACUUACAGGACUCAAUGAAUUCAAGUACCGAGUCUUUCUCUACAAGAAUGAUGCCAGCAAAUGAUGGACCAGUGAAACUCUUUGGGUACAUGGGAAAGGGGAUCCUGGAAUACUACAUUAGGCCUUUCUUGGAUAAAAGGGGAGGAGGGAUGAGUCUGGACACUGUCAGCCAUUGGGCUUGAUUUGUUUCUCUUCCAGAAAUGGAGAACACAAUCAACAAGUUCUAUAAAGAAUAGAUCCCAAAAGGAGGGUGAGCAUAGUUAUAUUCAUUAAGCAGAGGUCAGACCAGAGUAUGGCUGCCCUCCCUGGUUCAGGUAUGUCUAUUAAAAAUUGAUCUUCUAUUGGAAGUUUUUAUCCCUUUGAUUAUGAAUGAUUCAUGUUAUGAUCCAAUGCAACAUACUGUCUUUGUGAAAUUAUAGGAGACAUUGGUAUUGGAGUGUUGGGGGGGGGGUUGAUGAAUAAAGAGCAUUGGGAGGGAAGGAGAAGGAGGAAGAAGACUUUUGGGGGAGAGAAUUUAGGAGUAAGAGAAUAUGAGGGAGAAAGAAAGAGAGGAAGAGCAGAAAGAAAAAGAGAAACAGAGACAGGGAGAGAGAGAGAGAUAGAUAGAUAGAUAGAGAGAUAGAGUGUCAGAUUGGACUCAUUGAAUUCAAGUCACUAGGUCUCCAUGAGCUUCUCUUCUCAGAAUAAUAAAUAAUUGAAUAGGAAGUGGUCCAGUGAGCCAAGGAUGAAUCAGUUUAUGCACUUUGUGAAUAGGAAAGGGGACCUGUGCUAGAAUAUAGCAAAUGUCCGAUUUUCCCUCAAAUGGGGAAGGAGGAGUGUGGACAUUAAACCAAUAGGCCGGACUUUCCUCUCUCAGGAUUUUAGAGCACAUGAAGGUAGUUAUGGAAACUACUGGUCACACAGGGUGGGUGAGCAUAGUGAGCUUCCCUGAUUACAGGUCUUGACAGACUAAUCUGCCCAUCUUGACUUCAUUCAACUUCCUGCUAAAAUCAAUAUCUAUAGGAAGUUUUCAUUCUGUGAUUAUCAAUCACCAGUGUUAUAUCCUGUAAAACUUUUUGGCUUUGUGACAUUGUAGGAGACAUUGGUAUUUGAGUGCCGAGGAAGAUGAAGAAAGAGCAUUGGGAGGGAAGGAUAAGGAGGCAGACAUUUGGGGUAGAGAAGUUGGGAGGAAGAGAGUAUGAGCCAUAAAUAAAGAGAGGAAGAGGAAGGGGAAGAGGAAUAGGGAGAGGGAGAGAGAAACAGAAAGAGGCUGAGAGAAUUAAGUUCAGUUAGGACUCAGUGAAUUCCAGUCACUGGGUCUCCCUGAGGUCUCUUCUCAGGGUAAUAAAUAAAAGUAUAGUAACAUGUAAGAAUCAGGAAGGGAUGGACCAGGGAAAGACCUUGGAGAAUGGGAAAGGGGGCCCUAUACUACAAUGCUUCCCAUGGCCCAUUUUUUCUACAAGAAGAUGGAAGGGUAGAGUUAUUAUAAAUCAGCAGGUUUGAUUUCUUCUACCAUGAUUCUGGGACACCUUGAUCCAGGCGCCCAAAAGGAGGUUGAGUAGAGUUAUUAUCUUCAUUAAGCAGAGGUUAGACCAGAGUAUCAAGGGCCUCUCUGGCUUCUUUCAGGUCCCUUUUAACAUCUGAUCUUCCACAGGAAGUUUUCAUCCCUGUGAUUAUCAAUGAUCAGUGUUAUAUAUCCUAGACAACUUACUGUCUUUGUGACAUUGUCGGAUACAAUUUUAAUGGGGAUGGGGCAGGACAGAGAUCAUUGGGAAGGAAAGAAAAGUGGGGAAAACUGUGGAGGGAGAAGAUAUUAGAAGAGUGAAGGAAGAGGAGGAGCAGGAGGAGGAGGAGGAGGAGAAGGAGAGAGAGAGAGAGAGAGAGAGAGAGAGAGAGAGAGAGAGAGAGAGAGAGAGAGAGAGAGAGAGAGAGCACACCAAUAUUUUCUAAUUCCCAGACUUGGGUGAACUCUCUUCUCAGAUUUCUGAAUGAAUAGGCAGAUAGGACAACCAGGGCUCUACCAGUGAGGGAUGGAUCAAUGAAGCCACUUGUUGAGUGUGAAAUGGAUGGUGUAUUUGAAUACUGCAAAUGGUUCAUUUUCCCUCAAAUGAGGAAGAAGGAAGAGUCUGGAUAUUUAAAGGCAAUUAGCUGGACUUCCCUCUCCCUCAGGAUUUUAGGGCACCAGAAGGUGCUUAUAGAAUCCCAUGGUCACACAGGGUGGGUGAGCAUAGUGAGCUUCAUUGAGUAGGUCCACAGACUAACCUGUCCUUCUUGCUUGACUACAUUCAAGUAUCUGCUAAAAAGGAAUUUCUUCAGGAAGUUUUCAUCCCUGUGAUUAUCAAUGAUCAGUGUUAUAUAUCCUAGGCAACUUACUGUCUUGGUGACAAUGUAGGAGACAUUAUUAUUUGAGUGGUGGGAAGAGAUUAAGAAAGAGCAUUGGGAGAAAAGGAGAAAGAGGAAGACAUCUGGGAGAGAGAUGUAAGGAGGAAGAGAGUAUGAGAGAGAAAGAAAGAGGGAGCAAGAGCAGAAAGAAAAGGAGAGAGCUGUAUAGAGGGGGAAAGAGAGAAAGAGGAAAAGAGUGAUUGGGAAAGAGAGAGCCCACACUAGGAAAUAAUUAAUCAAUUCUUGUCACCAGGCUUAGGUCCAGUCUCUUCUCAGGUUAAUAAAAGAAUAAGUAGAUUUGGAAAAACAUAUUUAAUUUAUUUAGAAUAUUUUUCAAUGGUCAUGUGAUUCAUGUUCUUUCCUUCCCCUCCUCCCACUGCCAUGCUGUUGCCAGCCAGCAAUUCCACUGUGUUUUUCUACUGUCAUUGAUCAAGACCAAUUUGAAAGAAUAAGUUUAAAGGACAACUGAGUCAUUACCAUUGAGGGUUGGAUCAGUGAAACAACUUGGAAUGGAGAACACAGCCAAUGAAUUGUAUAUGAUCCAUAUCUCAAAAGGAGGGUGAGCUUCUUUAUCUUCUUUUAGCAUAGUAUCCUAGGACUCCCUGGUUUCUUUCAGGUAUGUCUGUACUAAAAUCUGAUCUUCUCUUGAAAGUUUUCAUCCCUGUGAUUAUCAAAUAUCAGAGUUAUGUCCAAUGCAAUUUACUGUCUUUGUGUAAUUAUUGGAGACCUUGGUAUUGGAGUGUUGGGGGGACAUGAAGAAAGAGCAUUCAGAGGGAAGGAGAAGGAGGAAGAAGAAAUCUGGGAGAGAGAAGUUAGGAGGAAAAGAGUAUGAGGGAGAAAGAAAGAGGGAGGCAGAGGAGAAAGAGAGAAAGGGAUUCACAUUGGACUCAGUGAAUUCAAGUCACUAGGUCUCCAUGAGCUCUAACAUCAGAGUAAUAAAUAUAUGAAUAGGAAAUGGACCAGUGAGCCAGGGAUCGAUCAGUGAAACACCCUGGUGAGUGAGAAAGAGGGUGUGCUGAGCUAGAAUACUGCAAAUCACCCAUUUCUCCUCAAAUGGGGAAGAAGGUAGUGUUUGGAUAUUAAACCAAUUGGCCUGGACUUCCCUCUCCCUCAGGAUUCUAGAGCACAGGAAGGUAGUUAUGGAAACUACUGGUCAAAAGGGUGGGUGAGCAUGGUGAGCUUCAUUGAGUUCAGGUCAUGACAGACUAACCUGCCCUUCAUGGCUUCAUUCAAGUUCCUGCUAAAAUCAAUUUCUAUAGGAAGUUUUCACCCUCUGAUUAUAAAUGAUCAGUGUUAUAUCUUAUGCAACUUCCUGUCUUUCUGACUUUGUAGUAAACAUUGGUAUUUUCCUGGUGGUUGGAGAUGAAGAAACAACAUUGGGAGGGAAUGAGAAGGAAGAAUGCAUCUGGGAAAGAGAUGUAAAGAGGAAGAGAGUAUGAGGGAGAAAGUAAGAGGGAGGACGAGGAGAGAAAGAAAGGGAUGGAGGGAGCAGGAUGGAGAAGAGAGGGAGAGGAAGGAAGUGGAAGAGGGAGAGGGAGGAAGUGGAAGUGGAAAGGGAGGAGGAUGUGGAAGGGGAAGAGGAGGAGGGAGGAGGUAGUGAGAGUGGAAGAGAGAGAGAGGGCCCACACUUGACAGUACUUAUGAAUUCUUAUCACCAGGCCUAGGUCUAGUCUCUUCACAAUGAAAAAAUAAGUAGAAAGGACAUCUGAGUCCCUACCAGGGAGGCAUGGAUCAGUGAAACAGCUUGGAAUGGAGAACACAGCCAACAAGUUGUAUAUGAUUCAUAUCUCAGAAGACGGGAAUGGGGAACCCAUUUAAGGAGUUCUAAAAGGUAAAGAUCCCAAAAGGGGAGGGGGUGAGCAUAGUUACCUUCAUUAAGCAGAGGUCAGUCCAGAGUGUCCCUGCCAUUCCUGGUUUUGUUCAGGUAUGUUUUUAUUAAAAAUCGAUCUUCUAUUGGAGGUUUUCGUCCCUGUGAUUAUCAAAUAUCAGUGUGAUGUCCAAUGCAACUUACUAUCUAUGUGAAAUUAUAGAAGACCUUGGUAUUGGAGUGUUUGGUGGAGAUGAAUAAAGAGCAUUGGGAGGGAAGGAGAAGGAGGAAGAUGACUUUUGGGGGAGAUAAGUUAGGUGUAAGAGAGUGUGAAGGAGAAAGAACUAGGAAGUGGAGAGAGAGAUGGUGAAACAGAGAGAGAGAGAGAGAGAGAGAGAGAGAGAGAGAGAGAGAGAGAGAGAGAGAGAGGGACAGAGAGACAGAGAGACAGAGAGACAGAGAGGGAGAGAAUCACAUAGGACUCAGUGAAUUCAAGUCAUUAGGUCUCCAUGAGCUCUCAUAUCAGAGAAAUAAAUAAACGAAUAGAAAAUGGAACAAUGAGCCAAAGAAGAAUCAGUUUAUCCAUCUGGUGAGUAGGAAAGGGAGCGUGUGCUAGAAUACUGCAAAUAACCGUUUUCCCUCAAAUGGGGAAGAAGGAAGAGUCUGGAUAUUAAAAGCCAGUUGGCUGGACUUCCCUCUCCCUCAGGAUUCUAGAGCACAUAAAGGUAGUUAUGGCAACUACUGGUCACACAGGGUGGGUGAGCAUAGUGAGCUUCAUUGACUUACAGGUGAUGACAGGCUAACCUGUCCUUUUUGCCUUCAUUCAAGUUCCUGCUAAAAUCAGAAUUUCUACAGGAACUUUUCACCUUGUGAUUAUUAAUGCUCGGUGUUAUAAUCUUUACAGUUUACUAUUUGAGAGGGAGAGGAUGGUAGAUGGGGGAGAGAGACAGAGAGGGAUAGAAUGGGGUGGUUGAAGGGAGAUAGAAAGGAGGAAGAUAGAAGGGAAGAAAGGAGCAGGGAAAAGAGCAGAGAACCAGCAAGAGAGGGAGAAUUAAAGAGAAAGAGAGACACAGAAAGAUUCUGACAGGAUUCAGUGAAUUCAACUCCUGAAUCCCGGGUGAGCAACCUUCUUGAAUUAAUGGAAGACUAGAAAGAUGCCACCAAAGAAUAGGUCAGUGAAACUCUUUGGGGAUAUGGGAAAGGGGAACCUGAAAUGCUGCAGUAGGCCCUUUUUGGCUAAGAGGGGGGUAGAGGGAUGAGUCUGGACAUUAUAAGCCAGUGGCUUGAUUUGUUUCUCUUCUAGUAAUCAACAAGACAAGCAAUGAGUUGUAUAAGAUACAGAUCUCAACAGGAGGGAGAGCAUCUUUAUCUUCUAUAAGCAGAAGUCAAACCAGAUUAUCUGGGCCCUCCCUGGCUUCCUUCAGGUUCCUAUUAAAAUCUGAUCUUCUAGAGGAAGUUUUCAUCCCUGUGAUUACCAAUGAUCAGUGUUAUAUCUCAUGCAACUUACUGUCUUUGCAACAUUGUAGGACACAUUGGUAUUGGAGUGGUUUGGGGGGGAUGAAGAAAGAGCACUGGGAGGGAAGGAGAAGGAGGUAGAUAUUUUGGGGGGGGGAGAAAAAUUGGGAGGAAGAGCAUCUGAGGAAGAAGAGAAAGAAAGAGGGAAGGAGAGAGAAGAGAGAUAUGGAGGGAGAUAGAGAGGGGGGAAGGAGGAGGAAAGUGAGAGGGAGGGAGAGAGAGAAGGCCCACAAUUGGUAGUACUAAAUGAAUUCUUAUCAACAGCCCUAUGUCAAGUCACUUCUCAGGUUAAUUUAAGAAUAAAUCAAUUUGAAAAAUAUUAUUUAAUUAAUUGAUUUAGAAUAUUUUUCCAUGUUCAUGUGAUUCAUGCUCUUUCCCUCCCCUCCUCCCACCCCCAGCCCAUAGCCAACCAGAAAUUCCCCUGGAUUUUACAGGUAUUGUUGAUCAAGGCAUAUUUGAAAGAAUAAGUUUAAAGGACAACUGAGUCUCUACCAGCGAGGGAUGGAUCAGUGAAACAACUUGGUGAGGGGGAAAAAUUAGUUCUUGGCUAGAAUACUGCAAAUGGCCAUUUUCCCUCAAAUGGGGAAGAUUGAAGAGUCUGGAUAUUAAAAGCCAAUUGGCUGGAAUUCUCUUUUUUUCUCAGGAUUCUAGAGCACAUGAAGGCAGUUAUGGAAACGACUGGUCACUCAUGGUGGGAAAGCAUAGUGAGCUUCAUUGAGUAGUACAGGUCAUAAUAGGCUAACCUGCCCAUCUUGGCUUCAUUCAAGUUCCUGCUAAAAUCAAUUUCUAUAGGAAGUUUUCACCCUGUGAUUAUCAAUGAUCAGUGCUAUAUCCUAUUCCACUCAGUGUCUCUGUGAUAUUGUAGGAGACAUUGGUAUUUGAGUGGUGGGGAGAGAUGAAGGAAGAGCAUUGAAAGAGAAGGAGAAGGAAGAAGAUAUUUGGGGGAAAGAAGUUAGGCCGAGAUUAAGAAGGGAAAUAAAGAGAAAGGAAGAUGAAGGGGAAGAGGAAGAGGAAGAGGGAAUGGGAGAGAGAAACAGAGAGAGGAUGAGAGCCUCUGUUAGGACUCAGUGAAUUUCAAGUCACUUGGUCUCCCUGAGCUCUUCUUUCAGGGUAAUAAAUGAAAGAAAAGGAAGAUAGAAGAACCAGCCCAGGGAUGGAUCAGGGAAAGACCUUGGAAUGGAGAACACAAUCAACACAAUGAACAAGUUCUAUAAAGAAAAGAUCCCCAAAGGAGGGUGAGCAUAGUUAUAUUAAUUAAACAGAGGUCAAACCAGAGUAUGGCUGCCCUCCCUGGUUCAGGUAUGUCUCAAUAAAAAAUCUAUCUUCUUUUGGAAGUUUUCAUCCCUGUGAUUAUCAAAUAUCAGUGUUAUGUCCAAUACAACAUACUGUCUUUGUGAAAUUAUAGGAGACAUUGGUAUUGGAGUGUUGGGGGGGGGUUGAAGAAUAAAAUAACAAUGGGAAAGAAGAAGGAGGAAUAAAACUUUUGGGGGAGAGAAUUUAGGAGUAAGAGAGUAUGAGGGAGAAAAAAAGGAAGAGCAGAAAGACAAAGAGAAACAGAGACAAGGAGAGAGAGAGAGAGACUGAAAGAAUCAGAUUGGACUCAGUGCAUUCAAGUCACUAGGUCUCCAUGAGCUCUCAUCUCAAAAUAAUAAAUAAAUGAGUAGAAAAUGGAACAGUGAGCCAGGGAUGGAUCAGUUUAUGCACUUUGUGAAUAGGAAAGGGGAUCUGUGCUAGAAUAUUGCAAACAUCCGAUUUUCCCUCAUAUGGGGAUGAAGUAGGAGUCUGGACAUUAAACCAAUAGGCUGGACUUCCCUCUCCCUCAGGAUUCUAAAGCACAGGAACAUAGUUAUGGAAACUGCUGGUCAAACAGGGUGGGUGAGCAUAGUGAGCUUCCCUGACUACAGGUCAUGACAGACUAAUCUUUCCAACUUGACUUCAUUCAACUUCCUGCUUAAAUCAAUAUCUAUAGGAAGUUUUCACCCUGUGAUUAUCAAUCACCAGUGUUAUAUCCUGUAAAACUUUUUGGCUUUGUGACAUUGUAGGAGACAUUGGUAUUUGAGUGUCGAGGAAGAUGAAGAAAGAGCAUUGGGAGGGAAGGAUAAGGAGGCAGACAUUUGGGGUAGAGAAGUUGGGAGGAAGAGAGUAUGAGCCAUAAAUAAAGAGAGAGGAAGAGGAAGGGGAAGGGGAAUAGGGAGAGAGAGAGAGAAACAGAAAGAGGCUGAGAGAAUUAAGUUCAGUUAGGACUCAGUGAAUUCCAGUCACUGGGUCUCCCUGAGGUCUCUUCUCAGGGUAAUAAGUAAAAGUAUAGUAACAUGUAAGAAUCAGGAAGGGAUGGACCAGGGAAAGACCUUGGUGAGUGUGAAUGGGGACCCUACAUUACAAUACUUCCCAUGGCCCAUUUAUCCUACAAGAUGUCGGAAGGAUAGAGUUAUUAUAAAUCAGCAGGUUUGAUUUCUUUUUCUACCAAGAUUCUGGGACACCUUGAUCCAGGCGCCCAAAAGAAGGUUGAGUAUAAUUAUCUUCAUUAAGCAGAGCUCAGACCAGAGUAUCUCGGGCCUCUAUGGCUUCCCUCAGGUCCCUAUUAAUAUCUGAUCUUCCACAGGAAGUUUUCAUUCCUGUGAUUAUCAGUGAUCAGAGUUAUAUCCUAGACAACUUACUGUCUUUGUAAAAUUUUCCGAGACAUUUGUAAUGGGGAUGGGGCAGGACAGAGGUCAUUGUAAAGGAAAGAAAAGUGGGGAAAACAGUGUAUGGAGAAGAUAUUAAGAGGAAGAGUAAGGAAGGAGGAGGAGGAGGAGGAGGAGGAGAGAGAGAGAGAGCACUCAGUAGUGAUUUCUAAUCCCCAGACUUGGGUGAACACUCUUCUCUGAUUUCUGAAAUAAUAGGCAAAAAGGACAGCCAUGGCACUACCAGUGAGGGAUGGAUCAGUGAAGCCACUUGCACAUGGAUCGAGACCAAUUUGAAAGAAUAAGUUUAAAGGACAACUGAGUCACUACCAGUGAGGGAUGGAUCAGUGAAACAACUUGCAAUCAAGAACAAAGCCAAGGAGUUGUAUAUGAUCCAUAUCUCAAAGGAGGGUGAGUAUCUUCAUCAUCCUUAAGUAAAGGUCAGUUCAGAGUAUCCCAGCCAUCCCUUUUUCGUUCAGGUGUGUCUCUAUUAAAAAUCUAUCUUCCAUUGAAAUCAUCCCUGUGAUUAUCAAAUAUCAGUGUUAUGUCCAAUGCAAGUUACUGUCUUUGUGAAAUUAUAAGAGACCUUGGUAUUGGAGUGUUGGGGGGAGAUGAAGAAGGAGCAUUGGGAGGGAAGGAGAAGGAGGAAAGCAUCUGGGGGAAGACAGUAUGAGGGAUAAAAGAGGAAAGAAAGAAAGUGAAGAGAGAAAGAGGAGGGAGGGAGGGAGAGGGAGAAGAGAACCAGUGGAACUGGAAGAGCGGGAGGGAGUGGAAGAAGAAGACGAAGUGGAGGGGGAAGUGAAUGGGAAGAGGAAGUAAAAGGGGAAGAGGAGGAGUAGGAAGGGGAAGGGGAAGAGGAAGAGGAAGAGAGUGAUUGACAGAAAGAGAGAGGGCCCACACUUGACAGUACUUAAUGAAUUCUGAUCACCAGGCCUAGGUCUAAUCUCUUCUCAGUUGAAAAAAUAAGUAGAAAGGACAGCUGAGUAGCUACCAGUGAGGAAUGGAUCAGUGAAACAACUUGGUGAGUGGGAAGGAGGGGGUGCUGGGUAGAAUACUGCAAAUGUCCCUUUUCCCUCAAAUGGGGAAGAAGGAAGAGUCUGCAUAUUACACCAAUUGGCUGGACUUCCCUCUCCCUCAGGAUUCUAGAGCACAGGAAGGUAGUUAUGGAAACUACUGGUCACACAGGGUGGGUGAGCAUAGUGAGCUUCAUUGAGUAGGUCAUGACAGCCUAAGUUGCCCUUCAUUAACGUUCUGGUUGAAAUCAGACCUUCUACAUGAACUUUUCUCCUUGUGAUUAUUAAUGCUCAGUGUUUUAAUGUGCGCCAAUUACUGCAUUUUGGAGGGAGGAUGGCAGAGAUGGAAAGAGACAGACAGAGAGAGAAUGGGUGGUUGAAGGGAGAAAGAAAGGAAGACAGAAAGGAGGAGAGGAGGAAGUAAAAGAGCAGAGAAGAGGUAGCAGAGACACUGAAGGAGAGGGAGAAUUAAAGAGAAAGAGAGACAUAGAGAAUGAUUCUGACAGCACUCAGUGAAUUCAAUUCCCAAGUCCCAGGAGAGUAACAUUCUCCAAUUGAUGGAAGACUAGAAAGAUGUCACCAAAGGAUGGAGCAGUGAAAAUCUUUGGGGUAUGACAAAGGGCAACCCGGAAUGCUGCGGUAGGCCCUUUUUGUCUAAGAGGGAGGAAGAGGGAUGUGUCUGGGGCUUGAUUUGUUUCUCUUCCAGCAACAGAGAACAGAGACAAUGAAUUGUUCAGAAUUCAUAUCUCAAAAUGAGGGUGAGCAUUUUUAUCUUCUUUUAAGUAGAGAUCUGACUAGAGUAUUCCAGCCCUCUCUGCUUCAGGUGUCUCUAUUAAAAAUUCAUCUUCCAUUGAAUGUUUUCAUCCCUGUGAUUAUCAAAUACAAGUUUUAUGCCCAAUGCAACUCAUUGUCUUUGUGAAAUUAUAGGAGAUUAUGGUAUUGGAGUGUUGGGGAGGGGAAUGAAUAAAGAGCAUUGGGAGGGAAGGAGGAGGAAGAAGACAUCUGGGGGAGAGAAGUUAGGAGGAAUAGAGUAUAAGGGAGAAUUUUCGAGGAAGAUGAGAGAGAGAGAGAGAGAGAGAGAGAGAGAGAGAGAGAGAGAGAGAGAGAGAGAGAGAGAGAGAGAGAGAGAUGUAGUAAGGAGGCAGGUCACACUUAAGUAGCAUAGGUUUGAACAGUAGUUAGUAGUAAGAUAGAUCAGGGAAAGAAAGUAUGAGGGUGGAAGAAAUAAAGAGAAAUAGGGAUGGACUGAAGUGAAGGGAGAGAGAGUGGGGGGGGGAAAGGGGAGAACAAGAAAAGAAGGUCAGUAAAUUAAGGAGGAAGUUGAGAAAGAAACAAAGAAAAAAAAGAAGAGAAAGAAAACUAAAAAGAGAAUCUGACAGGCCUCAGUGACCUCUACCCAGGCCUUCAUUAACUCCCCUCUUAGAUUAAUGGGCUGAACAACCAGGGAUCUGUCAAUGAAACCCAUUGGUGUGUGGGAAGGUUGGGCACUUGGAUGGAAUAAUGAUCAAGGUCCAUUGUUCCUAGAAGGAAAAGAAGGGAGAUUUUGGAUAUGAUAAGGUAGUGGACUUGAUUUCUUUCUUUGCUACUAUUCUAGAACUCAUUAGAGAAGGUGCUGGUCCCAAGACAAUAUGGCAGAUAUUAACCCUGCCUUCUUGCCUUCCUCCACGUCCCUGCCAAAAUCUCAUUUUCUACAGGAACUUUUCAUCUGGGUGAUGUCAGUCCUCAGUGUUGUAAUCUGUGUAACUUACUCCCUUUGUGACAUUGUAGUGACAUUUGCAUGAGAGGAGGGUGGGGUUGAGGGAGGGAGAAGAAGGAGGAAAGACGGUCAGUCAAGGGAAGAGAGACUGAGGGAGGAAGAAAUGGAGAGAGAGACAAAAGGGAGAAAAGGAGGUUUUGAAGGGAGAGGAAGGGGCAAGACAAGGAGAGAAGAGAGGUGGGGUAGAAGAGAGCCAGGAAAAGAGGGAGUUGGGGAAUGGGGAGAGAGUCUGAGACACAGAGAGCAACAGAGACAGAAAGAAAGAGAUGGCACCUGACACAGGACUCCGUGAAUUCACAUCACUGGGCCUGAAUGAACUCUCUCUUCUCAGGUUAAUGAAAGAAAUAGGCAAAUAGCACAGUUGAGUCACUACCAGAGAGGGAUGGAUCAGUGAAUCACCUGGUGGGUGAGAAAGGGGAAGCUGGGCUAGAAUACAGCCAAUAGUAUAUGUUUCCUAAAAUGGGGAAAGAAGAAAGAGCAUGAGUAUCAAAAGACAAUAGGCCUCACCCCCCCCCUCAAUUCGAGAAUGGACAAAAGUAGUGAAGAAAACUACUGGUCACACAGGGUGGGUGAGCAUAGUGAGCUUCACUGAAUAGGUCAUGACAGGAUAACCUGCCCUUCUUGGCUUCAUUCAAGUUCCUGCUAAAAAAGGAAUUUCUUCAGGAAGUUUUCAUCCCUGAGGUUUGUUAAUGAUCAGUGUUAUAUCCUAUGCAACUUACUGUCUUUGUGACAUUGUAGGAGACUUUGGUAUUGGAGUGGUGAGGAGAGAUGAAGGAAGAGCAUUAGGAGGGAAGGAGAAGGAGGGAGAUAUUUGGGGGAGAAAAAUUAGGAGGAAGACAGUAUGAGGGAUAAAUAGAGAUAAGUAAAUAAAAUAUAGAGAUAAAUAGAGAUAAAUAGAGGAAAGAGUGAGGAAGUGGAGAAGGAAAGAGAGAGGGACGGAGGGAGAGGGAGAAAAGAGGGAGUUGCAGAGGGAGUGGAAGAGGAUGGAGAGAAAGAGAGUGAAGGGGUGAUGGAGAGAAUACAGAGAGAAAGAGGAAGAACAUGAGAGGCAGAGAAAGGGACCACAAUUUGUCAGUACUAAAUGAAUUCUUAUCACCAGGUCUAGGUUAAGUCUCUUCUCAGGUUAAUGAAAGAAUAAGUAGAUUUGAAAUAAUUUAAUUGAUUUAGAAUAUUUUUCUAUGGUCAUAUGAUUCAUGUUCUUUCCUUCCCCUCCUUCCACCGCUAUCCUGUAACCAACCAGCAAUUCCACUGGGUUUUUCAACUGUCAUUGAUUAAGACCUAUUUGAAAGAAUGAGUAGAAAGGGCAAGUGAGUCCCUACCAGCAAGGGAUGGACCAGUGAAACAAUUUGGAAUGGAGAACACAUUCAAGGAGUUCUAUAAGAUAAAGAGGCCACAAGGAGGGGGGUGAGUAUAGUUACCUUCAUUAAAGCAGAGGUCAGUCCAGAGUAUCCUGGCCCUUCCUGUUUUCUUUCAGGUAUGUCUCUAUUAAAAAUCGAUCUUCUAUUGGAAGUUUUCAUCCCAGUAAUUAUCAAAUAUCAGUGUGAUGUCCAAUUCAAUGUACUGUCUAUGAAUUUAAGGAGAUCUUGGGAUUGGAGUGUUGGGGGGAGAUGAAGAAAGAGCAUUUGGGGAGGAAGAAGGAGGAGGAAGAAGACUUUUGGGGGAGAGAAGUUAGGAGGAAAAGAGUAUGAGGGAGAAAGAAAGAGAGAUGAAUUGGAGAAAGAGAGAGACAAUGAAACAGAGAGAGACAGAGAGAGAGACAGAGAGAGAUAGUCAGAUAGGACUCAGUGAAUUCAAUUGAAAUCAAGAGAUCUCCAUGAGCUCUCAUAUUAGUGUAAUAAAUAAAUGAAUAGGAAAUGGAACCGUGAGCCAGAGAUGAAUCAAUUUAUCCAUCUGGUGAGUAGGAAAGGGAGCCUGUGCUAGAAUACUGCAAAUGGCUCAUUUUCUCUCAAAUGGGGAAGAAGGAAGAGUCUGGAUAUUAAACCAAUUGACUGGACUUCCCUCUCCCUCAGGAUUCUAGAGCACAUGAAGGUAGUUAUGGCAACUACUGGUCACCCAGGGUGGGAGAGCAUAGUGAGCUUCAUUGAGUAGGUUAUGACAGACUAUCCUGCCCUCCAUGGUUUCAUUCACAUUCCUGCUAAAAUCAAAAUUUAUUCGGGAAGUUUUCAUCCCUGUGAUUAUCAAUGAUCAGUGUUAUAUCCUAGGCAACUUACUGUCUUUGUGACAUUAUCAGAGACAUUUGUAAUGGGGAUGGGGCAGGACAAGAGAUCAUUGGGAAGGAGAGAAAAGGGGAAAGACAAUGGAUGGAGACGAUAUUAAGAGGAAGAGGAGGAGGAAGAGAGACAAAGAGAGAGCAACAGUCCAGACUUGGAUGAACUCUCUUCUCAGGUUACUGAAAGAAUAGGCAGAAAGGACAGUCAUGGCAGUACAAGUGAGGGAUGGAUCAGUGAAGCCACUUGUUGAGUUGGAAAUGGGCUAGUGUCUUUGUAUACUGCAAAUGGCUCAUUUUCCCUCAAAUAGGGAAGAAGGAAGAGUCUGGAUAUUAAAAGCCAAUUGGCUGGACUUCCUCUCCCUCAGGAUUCUAGAGCACACAAAGGUAGUUAUGGAAACUACUGGUCGCACAGGGUGGUGGGUGAGCAUAGUGAGCUUCAUUAAGCAGAGUGACCAUAGUAUCUCUGCCCUUCUUGGCUUCAUAAAUGUUCCUGCUAAAAUCAGAACCUCUCCAGGAUGUUUUCAUCCUUGUGAUUAUUAAUGCUUAAUGUUAUAUUCUAUGCAACUUAGUGUCUUUGUGACAUUAUUGGAGACUUUGAGAUUGGAGUGGUGAGGGCAGAUGAAGAAAAAGCUGAAAAAAAGGGAAGGAGAAGGAGGAAGAUAUUUAAAGGAGAAAAAUUAGGAGGAUGAGAGUAUGAGGGAGAAAGAAAGAGGGAGAGCGGGGGGGAGAGAGAGAGAGAGAGAGAGAGAGAGAGAGAGAGAGAGAGAGAGAGAGAGAGAGAGAGAGAGAGAGAGAGAGAGAGAAUAUAAAGUAGGAAGGAGGGCAGGUGGUUCUUAAGUGUAGUAUAGGUUUGUACAGUAGUCAGUAAGAUAGAUCAGGGAAAGAAAGUAUGAGGGUGGAAGAAAGAAAGAAAUAAGGAUGGAUUGAAGGGAGAGAGGAUGGGGGAGAAAAGGGAAGAGGGGACAGUAAAUUAAGGAAAGUGAAAAGAAACAAAAAAGAAAGAAAGAAAGAGAGAGAAAGCUAAAACAAGAAUCUGACAGGCCUCAAUGAACUCUAGUUAGGCCUUGGUUAACUCCCCUCUUAGGUUAAGUGGAAAGGGUGGGAGUUUGGACAGAAUAAUAAACAAGGUCCAUUGUUCCUAGAAGGAAAAGAAGGGAGAUUUUGGAUAUGAUAAGGUAGUGGACUUGAUUUCUUUCUUUGCUACUAUUCUAGAACUCAUUAGAGAAGGUGCUGGUCCCAAGACAAUAUGGCAGAUAUUAACCCUGCCUUCUUGCCUUCCUCCAUGUCCCUGCCAAAAUCUCAUUUUCUACAGGAACUUUUCAAAUGGGUGAUGUCAGUCCUCAGUGUUGUAAUCUGUGUAACUUACUCCCUUUGUGACAUUGUAGUGACAUUUGCAUGAGAGGAGGGUGGGGUUGAGGGAGGGGAGAAGUAGGAGGAAAGACGGUCAGUCAAGGGAAGAGAGACUGAGGGAGAAAGAAAUGGAGAGAGAGACAAAAGGGAGAAAGGAGGUUUUGAAGGGAGAGGAAGGGGCAAGACAAGGAGAGAAGAGAGGUGGGGUAAAAGAGAGCCAGGAAAAGAGGGAGUUGGGGAAUGGGGAGAGAGUCUGAGACACAGAGAGCAACAGAGACAGAAAGAAAGAGAUGGCACCUGACACAGGACUCCGUGAAUUCACAUCACUGGGCCUGAAUGAACUCUCUCUUCUCAGGUUAAUGAAAGAAAUAGGCAAAUAGCACAGUUGAGUCACUACCAGAGAGGGAUGGAUCAGUGAAUCACCUGGUGGGUGAGAAAGGGGAAGCUGGGCUAGAAUACAGCCAAUAGUAUAUGUUUCCUAAAAUGGGGAAAGAAGAAAGAGCAUGAGUAUCAAAAGACAAUAGGCCUCACCCCCCCCCCUCAAUUUGAGAAUGGACAAAAGUAGUGAAGAAAACUACUGGUCACAGAGGGUGGGUGAGCAUAGUGAGCUUCACUGAAUAGGUCAUGACAGGAUAACCUGCCCUUCUUGGCUUCAUUCAAGUUCCUGCUAAAAAAGGAAUUUCUUCAGGAAGUUUUCAUCCCUGAGUUUGUCAAUGAUCAGUGUUAUAUCCUAUGCAACUUACUGUCUUUGUGACAUUGUGGGAGACAUUGGUAUGGGAGUGGUGGGGAGAGAUGAAGAAAGAGCAUUAGGAGGGAAGGAGAAGGAGGGAGAUAUUUGGGGGAGAAAAAUUAGGAGGAAGACAGUAAGAGGGAGAAAGAAAGAGGGAGGAUGAGGAGAAAAGCAGAGAGGGAGAGAAAGAGAGAGAGAGAGAGUGAGAGAGAAUGAAGGGGGAAUGGAGAGACACAGAGAAAGAGGAAGAGGAAGAACUUGAGAGGCAGAGAAAGGGCCGAAAAUUGUCAGUACUAAAUGAAUUCUUAUCACCAGGUCUAGGUUAAGCCUCUUCUCAGGUUAAUGAAAGAAUAAGUAGAUUUGAAAUAAUUUAUUUACUUAAUACAUUUAGUAUAUUUUUCCAUGAUCACAUGAUUCAUGUUCUUUCUAUCAUAACUUCCCCCCCUCCUAUAGCCAAUAAGCAAUUUUACUGGGUUUUACAGGUGUCAUUGAUGAAGACCUAUUUGAAUGAAUGAGCAGAAAGGACAACCGAGUCUCUGCCAGUGAGGGAUGGAUCAGUGAAGUCACUUGCCAGCCAGCAAUUCCACUGGGUUUUUCAACUGUCAUUGAUCAAGACCAAUUUGAAAGAAUCAGUUUAAAGGAAAACUGAGUCACUACCAGCAAGGGAUGGAUCAGUGAAACAAUUUGCAAUGGAGAACACAGUCAACAAGUUGUAAAGGAUCCAUAUCUCAAAAGGAGGGUGAGCAUCUUUAUCUUCUUUAAGCAGAGACCAGAGUAUCCCGGCCCUCCCUGGUUUCUUUCAGGAAUGGAGAACACAUUUAAGAAGUUCUAUAAGGUAAAGAGUCCACAAGGAGGGGGGUGAGCAUAGUUACCUUCAUUAAGCAGAGGUCAGUCCAGAGUAGCCCGGCCCUUCCUGUUUUCCUUCAGGAUUCUGGGACAACUUGAUCCAGGGGCCAAAGGAGGGCCAACCAGCAGUUCCACUGGAUUUUACAAGUGUCAUUGAUCAAGACGUAUUUGAAAGAAUGAGUAGAAAGGACAUCUGAGUGAGGGAUGGAUCAGUGAAGUCACUUGAUUACUGAAAGGCAGAAAGGACAGCCAUGGCUUUACCAGUAAGGGAUGGAUCUGAUGGAUCAGUGAAGUCACUUGGUUACUGAAAGAAUAGGCAGAAAGGACAGCCAUGGUGCUACCAGUGAGGGAUGGAUCAGUGAAGCCAAUGAAGUGGGAAAGUGGUGGUAUAUUCGAAUACUGCAAAUUGCCCAUUUUCUCUCAAAUUGGGAAGAAGGAAGAGUAUAUUAAGAACAUAUAAAAGGAGUUAUCAAGAAAAGGAGCUAUAGAAACUACUGGUCACACUAGGAUGGGACAGGUGGUGGAAUCCCUGCUGUGUCCAGGAGCUCGAGGCCGGGCAACCUUGGAGGUCAGAUGCCAGGACAGAUGUGCAGCUCAACAGGGAAGCCCCGAGAAGCCAUGAUCCCUGAGACGCCUGCUCAAGGAAUAGGAAAAACCAAAAUGGUCACCCUUCUCUGGUAUCUCCUGUUUGUGUGUCUACUGCCAUCACCACCGCCAUGACGUCCUCCUUCUUUGAGAAGUUUGUAUUGUCAUGCUGGUCAGUAGUAUAAAGGACUUAAUGAGUUUAGAAAUUGGAAGGAAAGAUGGUGAUAUAGAUCCUUCAAAGUAAGUGAGCAGUAUCCUGGAAAUAUGUGUGCCUGCUAUCUUGGAGCCUUUGGGACCCUUCCCAGUGUCCAAAGGACUUUAACAGGAAACCAAGCAGUUAGAAUACAGAAUAUAUAGGGAGCCAAGGAAAGUAAUGGGACAAAGGGGAAUGUCCCCCUUUAGGAAUGAUGAGAGUUGGUACCCAAGCCUUCUAACUCUGUCAUAUCCAGGAGAAAUAAUGGGGCCAAAUUGGCUACUGUACUCUUGGACUCCAUGAUGCUUCCCCAACUCUCUCCUUCUUUUGGGGGGAUUUGGUAUACUCAAUAUUCUUAUUGGAGUCAGGGACCAAGAGGGGUUGGGAGCUUGAAGGGAUGAUGGGAAAUAGCCCCUUCAGGACAGAUAGAGGACGUAAUCCCACCUUGAGGCUUAAUGAGGCACCUCUUUUCCUUUUGACUUCUGUGACUAGGAGAAAGGAAGAAGUAAACGUGGGCUCUGGAACCCCCCAAUGCCAUGCCCUUCAACUUUCCCCCCAGACAUUUGGUAAGCAGGGGUAAUUUCCUUGUGGGCCUCAAGAAAUGAUGGAAUUAGGAGAUGACCCCUGCAGGUUUGAUGGGACUUUGGACCUACUUCCUUCCUCUGUCUCAGUAUCUCUAAAUAGAAAACUUUUCCAAAUGGCCACUCCCCACCCCUGACCCCUCUGCUGUGUGCCCAGCCAUUCCCUUGCCUUUUGGGUGAGGCUUCAUGCAGUCAGACCAGUCCAGGGGUUUGAGGGACCUUUUGUGUUAAGAGAGAAUGAAGGGAAGCCUGGGGAUAGUCUUCAGGCUGAAUGAGAGGUGUCCCAGAGGCAGGAGCCACGUGUCCUGGGUCCUCCAUGACUCUUUUUCUGUGUCCUGUCCAUUUUGGAGGGAAAUCUAGUAGGUAGGACAGCAGUACCUGUUGGACAAAGAAAAAUGAGAGUCUAGAGACAUCGCCCCUAAGGUGGGAUAAAAUUAGGGGCCUGUAGGCUUCCCAACUGUAUGAGUUCAGGAAAUGGGAUAUUUUUUAAAAUCAUCUCCUCCCCAAUCCCAUACACCCUUGCUUUGGGUCCACUCCACUUCCUCCCUUUUGUAGCAGGAAUUGUGGAUUCCUAUUGACCAGUGGUGUCAGAUCUUAGUACUAGCUUUGGGGAGACUAAAGGGAAGAUGGCUGCCAUAGGCCCCUCAAGUCCAGCAAAAAAUGUCCUGAGACCUCUGAGACCCCUUGCUGUGUCCAGGAACAUUCCUUCCCCCCCCCCCCAGUAAAGCUGAAAGAAAGCCUUUUUGAGGCCCAAAUAAAGUAAUGGGAGCUAGGGGGAUAUGCUCCUUCAGAGAUGAGGGAAUUUUAAGAUCCUCGUUCACCUUCUGACCUCUUUGAGUUUGGAAAGGCCUUAGGGACCUCCUGCUGUGUCCCCUCCACUUUUAAAAAUGUUUUUAUUGAUUAAGAAAAAUUUUCCAUGGUUACAUGAUUCAUGUUCUUUCCCUCCUCUCCCCCUAUUGCCCCCCCCCGCCCCAGUAACCAAUGAACAAUUCCAUUGGGUUUCACAUGUAUUGCUGAUCAAGACCUAUUUCCAUAUUGUUGAUGUUUGCACUCGGGUGAUCAUUUAGAAUCUAUAUCCUCAAUCAUAUCCCCAUUGAAUCAUAUGAUCUAACAAUUGUUUUUCUUCUGUAUUUCUGCUCCCACAGUUCUUCCUCUGGAUGUGGAUAGUGUUCUUUUUCAUAGGUCCCUCAGAAUUGUCCUGGAUCAUUGCAUUGCUCCCCUCCACUUUUGGUGGGAAGUCUGUCAGGCAGGUGGCAACUGCCUAGUUGGCCAAGGUAAAUGAUGGGAACAGAAGCAUAACCCCCUUCAAUUUUGAUGAAAAUUGGGGAGGAAACUGGCCAAUCUAACCUUGGAGGAGAGGAAGAGAUGCAUAAUGGCUUCAGAUCUCUGGGACCCUGUACUGUCUCUGUUUCCAGUAGGAAAUGGGGAAUGUAUUAUGUUAUCACUUUGGCCAAGGGGAAUGAUGGGAUGAGAAGGAUAUCCACCUGAACGGAAGUUUGAAGAUUCAGCCCUUUCAUUAUAGGUGAAAGGUUUCCCAACACCUGGUCGUUUGUCCUGGUGCUUCUGGCAUGCCCUGCUAUAUCCAGAAGCUUUUUGGCAGUACCUCAGAGAACUAUGUUGUAGGUCCCGAUGGAAUGAAGGGGAAUGUCUGCCUUCGGUUAAUGAUGGAAGUUCUGAUCUUCUGUCUUCUAUCAUCUUGUCACAGCUGUGUAAAAGAAGGCAAAAUGGUCUGUGGCCUCUGAGACCCCCUUGUAUGAUCCACCUAUUUUUUUCAAGAGAUCUGACCUGCAGGACACAAGUCCCUCUUGGGCCAAGGGAAAUGAUGGGAGCAGAGGACAUCUCCCUCAAUGUCUAUUGGGAGCUGGACCAUGUAGACUUUUCAGUUCUGUGAGCUCUGUAGUAAGAGGAAGCCACCGAAUGGCCUCCCCACCUCUAGAAUCCCCCUCUGUGUGUCCACCCCAGCUGCCUCCACCUCUUAUCCUUUUUUUACACAUUCCUACAGUCACACGGGUCAGUAAUAUAAAGGACCCUAGUGGGUUUGGUAGCCUGAAGGGUAGGUGGAGAACAUAGCGCCUUCAGUCUAGAUGAGAGGUAUACUCAGAACAUGUACCAGCUGUCUUGGGGCCUUUGGGACCCUCUGCAGUGUCCAGUGGUGUUUAGCAGGAAAUCGAGUGGUUAUGGUGCUGGUAUCCAGGGGGUCAAAGAAAAUGAUGGGACAAAGGGGAAUAUCCCCCUGAGGAAUAGUGAGAGUUGGCACCCCCUGCCAGCUUUUCUUUCUGACUUCCAAGGGAAGAAAUAGGGGCAGAAUGGCUUCUGUGCUCUUGGGCAGCAUGAUAUGAUACUCAGCCAUCUUUCUCCUUUUUGUGGGAGUUGAUGGAAUCAGUCUGGCCAGCGGGGACCUAGUGGGGUUAGGAACCGGAGCAGAAGGAUGAGGGACAACAUCUUGAUGGGAUUUGGCGUCUCCCCCUUUGACUUGGAGAGAGAAAUGGGCAAAAAGGUCCCCUGGUUUCUGGAACCUGCUGCUGUCUCCUGACACCAUUUACCAGAAAUGGGACAAGCAGGGGACAUUUCCUUAGCCAGUCUAAGGGAAUGAUUGUAUUAGGGGAUAUUUCUCUACAGCUUGGGUGGAACUUGGGACCUACUUCCUUCCUCCUCUCUGACCUCUAGUACCAAGAAACUUUUCCAAAUGACCCCCCCACACACACACCCUCUGCCCAGCCACCCUUCUCUUUGGGUGAGGCUUCAUACAGUCAGACCAGUCCCAUGGUUUAAGAGACCUUUUGUGCUAAGAGAGACUGAAGGCAUAAGAGGUGUCCCAGGGGGAGGAGCCACAUGUCCUGCGUCCUCCGGGACCCUUUUCUGUGUCCUGUCCAUUUUGGAGGGAAACCUAGUAGAUAGAACAGCAGUACCUGUUGGACAAAGAAAAAUGAGAGACUAGAGACAUCAUCCCUAAGUGGGAUAGGAAUUGGGGGCCUGUAGGCUUCCCAACUGUAUGAGUUCUGGGAAUAGGACAUUUCUUCAAAUCACCUCUCCCCACCCCAUACACCCCUGCUAUGGGUCCACUCCACUUCCUCCCUUUUGGGGCAGGAAUUGUGGAUUCCUACUGACCAGUGGUGUCAGACCCCAGUGCUUUGGGGAGACUUAAGGGAAGAUUGAUCCUAAAGACCCUCAAGGCCAGGGAAAAAGUGUUGCAGGAACAGGAGGUAUUUGUCCUGAUGCCUCAGACACCCUGCAGUUUCCAGUAGCAUUUUCCCCAGGUAAUGUGGCUAGGCUACACGUUCCUUGUGGGCCAAGGAAAAUGAUUGGAGAAAGGAGGAUACUUCCUUUAGCUAUGAGGGAAUUUGUGAUUCCCCACCUUCCGGCAAGGUGAAAUGUCUUCAGGACUCUGGACUUUAUGCUGUAUGGUCAGGUGCCCACCUCCCCUUUUGGGAGGGAGGUCAUGCAUUCAGGCUGGACAGUGGUUUCGGAGACCUGUUGGGGUUGUGAGAAUGAAGAGGAUUUGGGAGACAAAAGGCUCUUCACGUAAGAGGAGAGGUUCCAGGAAGAGCAUAACAUUUUCUCUGUGGUGUCCACCCCAUUUUGACAGGAAAGUUGGCUAGAUCACACAACAGCCAGUUGGGCCAAGAGGAAGUAGGGGAACAGGAGGAGAGCCCCCUUCAGGACUGAUGGGAAUGGGGUCUUGUGCUCUCCUCUCAUUCUUCUGUCCCAGCCCCCAGAACCCAGUGGCCUCAGGGAGCCCCUGCUGUGCCCCAGCCCUUUUUGCUCAGAAAUCAGUCAUUAGAGAACCAUUCACUUAGUAGGCUAAAAGUAAUGAUGGAAACGGGGAAUGCCCUUCAAGUUUAAUGGGAAUUGAAGCUUUCUUUGUUCCCAACUCUGUGACCUCUAGAAGCAAGAAAUCUAAUCUUUGACCUCUUACCUCUCAGACCUCAUGCUAUAUGCCCACAUUUGUCAGAAGAUCUACAAGGCCAACUGGAUAGAUUUCACAAGAAUCUAGGGUAGAUUAGUGCUUGACUGAGUUUGGGUAAUGUUAUUCCUUCAAGCUUGAUGAGAUGUGUCCUAGGAAUAGAGGUCAGCUGUCCUGGAGCCAUUGGACCCCAUGUUGUACCCCUUUUGUUUUUUUCUGAAAUUGUAGUUUAUAGGAUCCAAUUACCUAUUUGGUCAAGGGAAACGACGGGAGGAGUGGAAUAUCCUAUUUCCUGUUUGCUGGGAGUUGGGGCUUGUAGGCUUCUGAAUUCUUUGACCUUUACUAACAGUAUUCUAUUUCAGUGGCCUACCUUCCAUGGAACCCCUGCUGUGUUUCCAGCCUCCCACUAAGGCUGGUGAGCCCCCAGGAAUCUAGUGGGGAUAAUUGUCUGACUGGGGCUGGAGAGAACAAUUCCACUUCAAUGAGAGCUCUUCUAGGAAUAGGGCCCAGUUCUGGUGGUCUCUGAGCCCUUUUGCUGUGCCUCAGCUAUUCUGGAAAGAUAAUCAUUAGGUAGAAUAGAAAUAUUGGGAUGGGUGGGAUAGUGACCUUCAGGUUUGAUGGGAAUGUGGUGUGCCUUCUGGCCUCUCAGACCUAAAAUGGCCUCAGGCUCUGGGAAUCCCUGCUAUUCCCUCUAUAUUUCUCGUAGGAAAUGGGGCAUGCAGGUGGUAACUGGCUCAGGAGGAUAUCCAUCUGAAUAGAAUUUGGGAGAAUUAUCCUCUUAAUGUUGGUGAAAGGUUUCCCAGAACCUGCCCAUUUGUCCUUGGGUUUCUGGUAGCCCUUGCUGUGUCCAGAGGCAUUUUUGACAAUGAAUCAGACAGGUAUGUCGUAGGUACUAAUGACAAUACUGGGAUGAAGGAGAAUAUUCCCCUUCAGUUAUGAGGGCAUUUGGAUCCCUCUGCCUUCUAGCUUCUCUAACCAUUGGGUAGAAGAAGGGCAGAAUAACCUCGGACCAUUGAGAUGCCCUGCUCUGUUCUACUAUUUUGGGUGGUGAUCUGGCCUGUAGUGGGGAAUGAUGGGAUCAGGAGGAUAUUGUAGGAAUAUAUGCUAUAAUACAUAUAAUUAAUAUAAUAAUGUAAUUAAUAUAACAAAAUAUAAUACAAUUAUAAUCUAAUCUAAUAUUAUAAUAAAAUAAUAUAAUAAACAUAAUGUGAAAAUCCAGGCAGAGAGUAAAACCUCCUUCCAGCUCAGAGGAAAUCCAAGAAGGAAGUAAAGACAGUUAUUGUCAGUUCAAACUCCCACAAUUCCUCUCUCCUUCCCAGAAUCCUAUCCCAGGGCUUGUAUCAAAAUUCCCUUCUUUUAGCUAAUUUCUAAAAUCACUCUAUCCCUAACUUAUAUUCCUACAAUAUCCACCUGAAUGAAAGUUGGGGAAACUCAGCCCCUUCAUGUUAGGUGAAAGGUUUCCCAAGACCUGGUCAGUUGUCCUAGAGCUUCUGAAACCCCCAUUUUCAAUUUCAAUCUUAUUUUCCCCCAGUUACAUGUAAAAACUUCCUAAUGUGUGUGUGUGUAUUUUUAAAAAACCCUCACCUUCCAUCUUAGAAUCAAUACAGUGUAUCAGUUCCAAGGCAGAAGAGCAGUAAGGGCUAGGCAAUGGGGGUGAAGUGACUUGCCCAGGGUCACACAGCUAGGAAGCGUCUGACGUCAAAUUUGAAUCCAAGACAACCCAUCUCUGGGCCUGGCUCUCAAUCCACUGAGCCACCCAUCUGCUCCCUUCUAAAGUUUUUUAAAAGAAUUUUGAGUCUUGAAUUCUUCUACUCCUUCCCCUACUCAUACAAAUUUUACAUGUGCAAUCAGGUAAGUAUUUUUCCAUAUUAAUCUUUUUAUGGAAGAAAACUCAAACAAACAAACAAAAAACAAAGUGAAAAAGGUUUGCUUCAGCCUGGAUUCAGACUCCAUCAGUUCUUUCCUUGAAAGCAGAUGGCAUUUUUUUCAUGAGUCCUUUGAGAUGGUUUUGGAUUCUUUUAUUUCUGAGAAUAGCUAAGUCCUUCACUGUUGUUCAGAGUACAGUACUCCUAUUAUUAAGUUCAGUGUUCUCCUGGUUCUGUUUACUUCACUCUACUUUAGUUCAGGUAAGUCUUUCUAGGUUUUUCGGAGCUUCUCCUGCUCAUUUCUUAUGGCUCGAUAGUAUUUCAUUACCGUAAUAUACUAUAGCGCAGGCAACCAUUUCCCAAUUGAUGUGUAUCCCCUCACUUUCCAAUUCUUUGUCUCCACAGAAAGAGCUGCUUUAAAUAUUUUUGUGCAAAUAGGCCCUUCCCCUUUUCAUUUUAUUUUACUCUCUUUGGGAGGUUAUGCGACUCCAGAACUCAUUUUGAGACAUAUCAUGGUUUAUUGGAAGAUAAUUUGGUAGAGAUCAUGUAGGUGUGUGUACCUUCUUCACAUCAUCUUGGUUCUGCCUGUACCCACAGCCUUUUAUAGAUGGGAAAUUUGCCUGUACAACAACAGAAUCAAUUGGGCCAAGAGGAAGGAUAGGAACAGGAGGACAGUCCCCUUCAUGUUGGACGGGAAUUGGGCCUUGCUCUGUCUUUUAAUUCCUCCUAUCUCAGGAACAAGAGCCACGUGGCCUAAGGGCCCCCCUUUUUGCUUAGAAAUCAGGCACUCAGGAACCAUUCAUUUUACUUAGACUGAAGGCAUGAUGGAAUUGGGGAAUUCCCCCUUCAACUUUGAUGGGAGUUGCAGCUUUUUUCUUUCCAACUCUGACAUCUAGUCAGGGAAAAUUGCACCUUUGUUCUCUUUCCUCUGGCACCCUGUGUGUACCCACAUCGUCCCUUUCCCAUUGUGGCUGGAGAUUCUAAAGGCAGACUAGCUAGAUUUCACAGGGAUUUAGUGAGGGUUUCAGGUGAUGUUACCCUUUCAGUUUUGUUGAGAGGUAUUUCAGGAAUGGGGUAGGCUGUCCUGGGACCACUAGGACCCCCUGCUGUGAAUGAAAAAUUUUCUUCCCAGGAAUUCUGGAUGGUAAGAUCCAAAUACCUAUUGGGUCAAGGGAAAUGAUGGGAGCAAUAAGAAUAUCCUCCUCCUGGUUUGAUGGGAAUUAGGGCCUACAGCUAUCCACACUCUCUGACCACUAGUAACUGGAUUCUCUACCAGAUGAUCUCCCUUCCCUGGAAACUCUGCUAGGUGCCCAGCUUACUCCCUCUUCCCCUUUUUGGGGAGUAGCUCCUCAUCAGGCAGUUCCUGAGGAUUCCCCAGGCAUUUAGUGUGGAUUGGAGCUUGACAAGAGCUGAGGGCACCUAUUUGGCUUGAGGUAUGCUGAGAGGUAUCCUAGAAUUAGGGUCCAACAACCCUGUGUUUUCUGAGCCUUAGCUCUUCUGGAAGGAAAUCCAUCAGGUAGGUACAGAACUACCUAUUGGGUCAAGGGAAAAGUUGGGAUUGGCAGGAAAGCGAUCUUUGAUGAGAAUUUGGUCUGCCUUCUGGCUUCUCAGACCUCUGAACAGAAAAGCGUAGAAAGGUCUUCCUCUGUUUGGUGGGAAGCCUCGCAGGUAGGUAACAACUACCUAGUUAGCCAUGGGGAAUAAAGGGAGUUGGAAGAUAUCCCCGCUUCGGUUCUGAUGGAAGUUGGGUAGGAAACUGGACAAUCUAGCCUUGGACUAGAAAAGGAGGGGGAAAAUGACUUCAGAUCUUUGGAACCCCAAGCUGUGCCUCUAUUUCUGGUAGGAAAUGGGGUGUGCAUUUGGUAAAUACCAACUGAACCAAAGGGAAUGAUGGGAUCAAGAGAAUAUCCACCUGAAUGGGAGUUGGGAGACUCAGUCCCUUCAUGUUAAGUGAAAGUUUUCCCCAAGCCCCUUGCUGUGUCCAGCGACAUUCUGGAGGUAAAUCAGAUAGCUAUAUUUUAGGUUCCAAGAAUAAUAAUCGAAGGAAGGGGGAAUAUCCCUGUUCAGUUGUGGUCAAAGUUGGGACCUUCUUCCUUUAGCAUCUCUCAUCACAGUAAAAGGACAGACUGGCCUAAGGCUACCGAGACCCCCUGCUGUGUUCUGCCCAUUUGGGGGAGAGAUCUGGCUUGUAGGACAUGACUCUUCUGCCAAGAGAAGGAUGUAAACAGGAGGGUGUCUACCUUCAGGUCUGAUGGAAGUUGUAAUAUGUAAUAACAGGAAACCUCUCCAAACGAUCACCCUCCUGGACCCUCCGUUGUGUGCCCACACAUUCCCUUGCCUUCUGGGUAGGAGUUCAUGCAGUCAGCCUGGGAAGUAAUGUUGGGGAAACUGAAAGACUGGGGACAUCGUUCCUUUGGGUUGGGCCUGGAUGAGAGGUGUCCCAGAGAACACAGCUAGUUGUCCUCAGCCCUCUGAGCCCUCUUGGUAUGUCCUUUCCAUUUUGGAGGGAAACGUAGCAGGUAGACUAUUAGUAUCUAUUUGACAAAGGAAAAUGAGAGAAUGGAGACAUUCACCUUAAGGUGGGAUAACUAUUGGGGCCUAUAGGCUUUCCAACUCUCUGAGCUCUAGUAACAGAACACUUCACCUUUGGAAUCCCAUGCUAUAUGUCCAAAUCAUCCCCUCCUCAUUGUGGCCAGAGGACCCAAAGGCAGACUGGUUUCUCCAGAAAUUAGUGUGGGUUAGGGGCAAUGACGUUACCCUUUCAGAUUUGGCAAGAGGUGUCCAAGGAAUGGGGAUUGGCUAUCCUAGGGCAGUGUAUCCUGCUGUUAUCCUUGCAUUCUUCACCAAAGUUGGCUCAUAGGAUCCAAAUACCUAUUGGGCCAAGGGAAAUGACGAGAGUAAUAGAAUAUCCUGAUUCAGGUUUGAUGGGAAUUGGGGCCUGUUGGCUUCCAAACUCUGACGUCUUAACAGGAUGAUGUAUAAAAUGGGCUCCCCUCUCCCCUAUUGUGUGCCCAGACUCCCCAUUCCCCUCUUUAGGGACUUGUCCCUAAGGCAGGUGGGCCCCCAAGAGUAGCCAGGCAUCUAGUAGGGAUCAGAGGCUGACCAGGGCUGGGGAAAACUCAACUUCUCAGAACUAUCCUAGGAACAGGGGCUGUGGUUCUACACCCCACUCCCCAGCUUUGCUUCAGCCAUUCUGGCAGGAUAUCCAUCAGGUAGUUCAGAACUACCUGUUGAACAGAGGGAAAUUAUGGGAUUGGUGGAAUAGUGACCUUCAGGUUUGGUGGAUAUUUGGUGUGCCUUCUGGUGCCUCAGACCUCUGGGAAAAGGAAGGGGAAGGAAUGGCCACAGACUAUUGGGAUCCUCUACUGUGUCCUCCACUUUUAGUGGGAAGCCUAGCAGGCAGGUGGCACCUACCCAGUUGACCAAGGAGAAUGAUGGGAACAUGAGGACAUGCCCCUUCUGUUUUUAUGGAAGUUGGGACCCAAACUGGCCACUCUAACUUCGGUAAGGGGAUAUAGCCCCUUUAGGUGAUGGAGGUUAGGGCCCCUUGGCCUCCUGCCUCUCCCACCUCUUCUGAUAGUUUCAGAGGCCAGUUGGCCUCAGGUCAGCCUAGGGCCUGUUCCUUAGUGGGGCUUGAGGUCUGCAGGGGAAAGGGAGACAUUAUGCCCCCUUCAGCUUUGGCUAGUUUUAUAACUGGCAUCCAUCUUCAGAUAUUUCUGGUUCCUCAGGGCUUGACAGGAAUCUGUCCCCUUUUUCUCAAACUAAGGCUUAUAUGAAUUGGGGCCUCCUAGUAUUAGGUAGGCAGAAGGGGCUGGACAAGAGUGGGGAUCUCUGAGCUAGAACUCUGUGACUCACAGAGGAUGCUUGGGAUACUCUGGCUGGGGCCUGACAGAAGGAGAGUGGAGCCUUUGGGAACCUCUGAGCCUGACAGGAUCAGGGAUCAGCUAGUCUCUACCUUCAAGCUUCCUGUGUGCCUCCCCACUUUGAGAGGAGUUGAGGCCAGCAGACUUGGGCUCUCUCUGACCUAGUCAGACCAAGAGUUCACUAAAAUAAGGUCAAGUGGGCCUUACUCCUCACAUUUGGGCUUCUUGCUGUUCCCCUCUCCUAACCCUUUUGCCUGGAGUUUGGGCAAGUUGGCCUGAGGCUUCAUCUACCUGAGGGGGGGGGAGGCUGAGAAGAGCUUGACUCCAGAUCACCCUCUUUAAGGCCUGGGGCCUCUUAGACCUGGGUGGAAGAGCUCCAGGGUUUGGACCUACAACGGAAGACUGAGAGACCCCAGGCCAAUGUGCCCUAAUUUUGGACAAAGCAAUGGGGAGGCCGGGACUGCCAGUCUUGAAGCCCAAGGGAAGGAAAACCAGACAGCCUCAACUCCCACUAGAGUUGAAUGGGCAAUGUCUCUGGGCCCCAAUAAGGCCCAUCAGUCAAUCAGUCACCCUGGCUUCUCUUGGGAUAGAGCCAAGUGCCAGGAAGUGGCCCAACUUCUGCCUAGCCUCAGAGGGCCGAGAGGUUUCAGGCCAGCUGGUCCUCGCUCCAAUUCCCACCAAUGAGGGACGGGAGAGCCCUUGGGAGGAAAGUAGUACACAGGCUCAGUCAGACCCCCAAGUCCCAGGUGUGAUGGCCCCGGCUGCCUGAAAAGGCCCAGUCCAUCCCUGCUUGGGUCCACCCCCACUCCCAAUGGUCUCAGCGGGCACAAGGUCCAAGCGUGAGCAUCGUCUGAGAGCUGCCCCACUCUCAGCAAGCCUCAAGGGGUGCCACCCCCGCGCCUGCUACAGGCAGGCCUGGCCUCAAGCCCCUCGCACGUGGGGACCAUCAGGGCCCCAGGAAACGCCGAGGGCAGUAAGGCGCCGGCGCAGAGGGAGAAGCCUGGUGCAGGGCAGGGCGGGGGGGGGGGAGGGGGGGGGUCGGGAGCGGCGGCUACGGAGGCUGAAGGGGAGAUCGAGAGCUAGAGGGAGAGCUGGUCAGAGCGCAGGAGAGCCAGGCAGCCCAGCCAGGAGAGGCUGGGAGCGCAUGCGCGGGGCCAGCACUGCGGAGGGCCCGGGGAGGGGAGGGGAGCGGAGCAGAGCGGAGCGUGCUCAGGCAGCGACAGCUGCAUCUGCAUCCCGGGUCCCCUCCCCGUGGCCGCCGCCUCCUCCUCCUCCCUCUCCGCGUCCUAGCCCAUCUCCAGCUCCAGCCAGGCUCUGGCAGCCCAGGUCCAGCGGCAGCCGCAGCCGCAGCCGCAGCCUCAGCCUAGCCUAGCCUGCACCAGGCUGCGCUGUGCUGAGAGGUCACGUUGCAGCAGCCAGGGAUCAGAGAGGCUCGUGAGGACCAAGAAGCCCAGGAUUGGAUUUGGAGUAGACCUCGAGGACCAUCCAGCCAAGUCUAUCAGCCAAGACUGCAGUAGGACGUAGCCACUGGGUGGUUAUCCUGCCUCUGCCUGAAGGCCUCCAAUGAGUGGGAAGCCAUUCCAUCCUGAGGUGAUACUGAAGACAACCCAGGACAAUGCCACUGGUCAAGAGGAACAUUGAGCCCAGGCACUUGUGCCGAGGUGCCCUGCCCGAUGGGGUCACCAGCGAGCUGGAAUGUGUCACCAACAGCACUCUAGCUGCCAUCAUCAAGCAGUUGGGAAGCCUCAGCAGACAUGCAGAGGACAUCUUUGGCGAGCUCUUUAAUGAAGCCAACAGUUUCUACAUGCGAAUGAACUCACUGCAGGAAAGGGUGGACCUCUUGGUGAUUAAGGUCACACAGCUGGACUCUACUGUGGAGGAAGUGUCCCUGCAGGAUAUCAACAUGAGGAAGGCUUUCCGGAGCUCCACAAUCCAGAAUCAGCAGGUGGUAUCACGUAACUCCAUCCCCAACCCUGUGAUGGAGAUGUACCAGCGGUGUGACAAGCCCCCGCCACUCAACAUCCUCACGGCCUACAGAGAUGACAAGAAAGAUGGCCUUAAAUUCUAUACUGACCCAUCAUAUUUCUUCAACUUGUGGAAAGAGAAAAUGCUUCAGGCCACUGAGGAUAAGAGGAAGGAGAAACGAAGGCAGAAGGAACAGCGGCUGGUGGAGGACUCCACCAGGGAGGUGAAGAAAGUGCGGAAGGCCCGGAACCGACGGAUGGAGUGGAGCAUGAUGGCAUAUGAUAAGGAGUUCCGGCCCGAUAACAGGUUCUCUCCAUCUCCGUAUCACAUGGCCUCUUCAGAAGGAUCGCUCUCCCCAGAUAAUAGGUCAUAUGCAUCAGACAUCGGCGAUCACUCCUACCCAGCCAGUCCCAACCAUCCAGCCCAGCAGGUGUUGGCACCUGCUCCUCAUCUGCCCAUGGAACACAAAGAGAUCAUCCUGGCCCCCAGCCAGCUCCCGGAGCUGGCCUACCGGCCCACAGCCCCUGGCAGUCGGCAAAACAGCCUUGGCCGGGUCCAACAGCCCCACGUGCCACAGCCUCCGGAUCCAAUACUGAACGGACCCAGGCCUCAGUUGAUCAAGGACUAUGGGUCCCAACAAGUGCCCAUGGCCGAUUUCUUCGUACCGCCUGCCCCCCCACCCCCACCUCCAGUGAUCCCCUCCGCCCAGACGGCUUUCGACAGCCCCAUCUCUGCCCCACCUGCUCUUGCACCCGCUGCCGCUGCCACCCUGGCCCACCCUUCCUACACACCUUCCCCGCCCCCAGCCCCACCCUGCCCAUAUUCUGUAUCUCCUCCCCAGACUGGUCCUAUGGGCCCUCCUGCAGCUCCUCCACCACCCCCUCCCGGCCCUCCAAUGGCCACAGCCUCUCCGGCUCACUCAGCCUCCCCGGGUGCUGUACUCUCUGAACCACGGAAACCUCAGAUCCCAUUGAUACCAAUGAGUGAUGCCAGAAGUGAUCUUCUUGCUGCCAUUCGAAGGGGUAUUCAGCUGCGGAAGGUGCAGGAGCAAUGGGAACAGGAGGCCAAGAAAGAGCCAGUGGGCAAUGAUGUGGCCACCAUUCUCUCACGGCGCAUUGCAGUGGAGUACAGUGAAUCGGAUGAUGACUCCGAGCUGGAUGAGAAUGAAUGGUCAGACUAAGGGGACGUGGGCCUGACCAGGCCAGCCUUCGGAGCGUUCUAGCAUAGCUCCCCUUCCCCUCCCACUUCCCCUAGCCCUGCCUUGCCCCCACCCUGGGCUCCCACCUGCCACCGUCCCUCCCAACGAAGUCUUCACUGCUCGCCAGCCACCAUCUCUCUCUGCCCCUGCAUCUGGCCUCUGUUAUGGUCAGGAGCAAUGGGCAGCCAGCAGGGCGGCUGGCCUGCAUGCUCUAGUAUAAGGGUAGACAUCCACUAGGUAGUCUUUCCUUAUACUAGAGGCUAGCUCAUGAAUUCACUACAAUGGGGGGGGGGGAGGGGGAGGGCCGUGGGGGGGGAGGGAGGGAGCUUUGGAGAACUCGAUUUCAUGUCUUUGGCCUGAUGAGCUCUGGUCCUGUGUGUAGGCAGCCGACACUUAAGGCUCCCUUCGGUCCAGGGCUUUUCAGAGAAGGGGGCAGCUCAGCUGGGCACAUUGGAGCUAGAGAGAGCAGGUGUUUUCUCACCUUCGUGCCCCAUCCCCAGCUACCCCCACAGUUCUGUGGAAAGACUUCUUCUCCACUGAGGCCUAUUUGGCCCAAAGGUUUAUAGAAAUUUUUGGCCUGGAACCACAGGGCCCUUCUCCAGAGAGUAGCCAUGUUUAUUGCCGUGAAAGAGGCGGCGUGUGUGUGACGUGGUACUCGUGUGUUCCGAAGCCCUGGGUAGAAUAAGAGAUGGGCUGAGGAGAGGAGAGAAGGAGCCCUUGGGGGCUGCCAGGGUCCUUUCUGUGUGGCCCUGGGAAUUAAAAGUCCUCUAGCACUCGGGAGAUCUCCCUAGGCAGGCACCGAGCGGGUGCUAGGUGCCUCCCACCAGAGCGUGGGGCACCUCGAUUAUGCAUAAGCAGGCAGUCGUGGUGUGGUGGGGAGAAUGACCGAGUGGAGGCCAGAGGUCCAAAUGAUGACCUCUGCACUUUUUUUGUAAUUACUUAUGUAUGUACACAGGUAGUCAGCCUGCUGGGAUGGGAAGACUGCUAGACUUGGAAGCAAUGGGACCUGUGUUCGAAUUCUGGUUCUGACACUUCCUGGUUGGGCAACCCAGUCAAAAUCCCUUCCCUUCUUUGGGGUUCAUUUUUAUCAUCUAUAAAAAUGAUGGCUGUGGACCAGAUGGCCUUGGAUGUAAUGUCCCUUCUGACGGCAAGCCUAGGCUUGUGUGGAUUGAUUCUCUACUUAGUGAGAUCAUCCUUUGGGGGGGAGGGGGAGGGGGAAUUGAGGAAUCAGAUCUAUGAUUUCAUCUGUGUGGGGAGCUCCCAGUGUGCAAAUUCUGUCUCCUGAGAGAGACUGGCAGCUCAUCUAUAACUUCCAGUUUUAGAGUUGUCUAGAGCCCUGAGAGCCGGCAUAACUUGCCCAGGCCACACAGCUUGUAUGUGUCAGAGGCAGGACUUGAAGCCAGAUCUUUCUGAUUGUGAGGUCAGUUCUCUAACCACGAAACCAUGCCAUCUGUCCAGAACAGAUGUUUAAUCCCAAAUUGGCAUCUCCUAUUGCCCAGCAUGCACCACAGGGCAACAAAGGCCAGUGUCAGGAAUGCAAAGGAAAUAAGAGCCGCAGCACUUGGGGAAACAGUCACCAUGGGGGCCUGCUGCCUGGGCCUCUCUGGGGCAUGGGCUCUCAGGAGACAAAAAUGGACCAGCUUUUGCAAGUAACCUCUUUUCUUAGGAAGGGGGCCCUUGCAGCACCUUGCUGAGGCUUCCCCCACUGGAAAAAGACCCUGGCAGGGGCAGCACAGAGGAAUGUUUUCACAGGAGAGUUGUGAGGAAGGUGCUCUGUAGGCCCACCACAAACCCCAGCUCUUGAUUCUCUCUAGUCAUUGAAGGCAUUGCUUUGCCUCAGUUCCACACCAGAAAAGGGAGAAUAAUGAUAGCUCUGAGACCUGCCGCACACACAAAGUUAUCAUGGGGCUCAGAGGAGAGAGAAAAUAGUCAACCGUUGGAUAUUCCGCUCAUCAUUAGCAAUGAAAGCAGCUCACAUUUCUCUAGCCCAUUACAGUCAUCUAUUCAUAACUUCAUUUGAGCUGUGCCCCCCUCCGUCCCCACCAUAGGACCCUAGUGAAGUAAGUAACAGAAGUUUGCCCUUUUUACAGAUGAGGAAAGUGAGGCAGAGCCAAGUCAAAUGACCUGCCAAAGUUCACACAGCUUCUGGGCCCCAAACUGACUUUUGCUAGAGUCCUUCCUACCUUUUCUUCUCAGCGGGAGCCCAAAGGAGAAGUUGGCAUCUUUGAACGUCUCCAAAGCUCAGUCGUGAGGGGCAGAGAAAUGGUCUGGCCAUGCGGGGCUGUGAGAGUGGCUGAGGGCUGGCUCGAUAAACCUUGGCCUCCCGGUGUUCUUUUUAAAGACCCACCCAGAAAAUCAGCAGCAGUGCUAACAAGAGUGACAUCUAAUUCGCCAGCCAAGUGGCCAGAGCUCACAGCAAGGCUGCCUUCAGUGGGUUUGAGUAGUGUCUGUUGGUGGCCGCCUUAGGUUGGGGCUCUCUAGAAGGCUCCAUUCCAUUAGGGGAGGGAUAUAACAUAUGCACAGAUAAGUUCAUACAAAGCAGUUGGGGGGCAAAGAGGGAGCACUAACAAAUGGGCAGAAAAGCAAGAAAGAAUUCCUGUAGGAAGUGGCACCUGAGCAGUGCCUAGAAGGAAGCUGAAGAUUUGAAAGAGAUGCAGGUGAGGAGGGGGGAGUCUACGUAUAGAGGGAGCAAUCUCAAGAAAGAUGCAGAAAGAGGAGGCCAGAUCGUAUUUCGGGAUUGCCAUUUUAGGAAGCUAUCGGCCAUUUAUUGGGCAGCUGGAGUUGUCCUGCACCAGGAAAAUGAAGGAACCAGGGCUGUUGGAUCUAUAGAAGAGAAGGUAUUGGAAGGAGGCCCAAAGUAGGAACAGGAGGGGGAAGUGACAGAGAAGCAGAAGGAAAUUUGCUAACAACUUGCACCAUCUGGAAGUAGAAUGAGCUUCCUUUAGAAGAUGGGAAUUCCUUGUUACUAGAGGUGAGGUUGAAAGGAUUACUGCCUGGGUGUGGGUUGCAGGAGAUACCCUCUAUGGUUCCUCCAAGCUCAGAGAUCACAGGCAGAUCAUUAAGCCAACAUAAAACGAGUUCCCUUUUUGCAUUUGUCCCAGAAUCCUUCAUUUUCUGCCUGAUGGGUAAGGGCAGAGUUCAGCCUGGAACACAUUUGGUAGCCACACACAGCAUGGCAAUACUGGGCCAAGAGGGUUUUCCCAAGAUAAUUUAGAGGGAACUUGCCUCCCCAGAGACGUGUCUUAUAUGUAGGAAAUGGCAAUAUUUUGCUCAGAAGUGUGGGGGCAGGCGGUACGUGACUACAGCAUUAAAAUCUCAGAUGGAGACAUUUUCAUUUGAAAAGUGAAAUCGGCAGAGAAGUGCUAGCUCCACAUAGAAGAACGUGGGAGCUGGUCCUGCGCUAGUUACUGGCUGCUUUCUGGUGAUUAGAAAUCUUUCCACCAUCAGUGUGAGUGAGAACUAAAGCCGAAAGGAGUUCUGUCCAUCCAUCACCUUGACUAACCUACACAGGGAGGCAGCCCCCAUUCUUCCCUGCCUCCAUGUCUGGGAUAUCACUCUUUUUCCAGAGCUGCUUCUCCCCUUACUCCCCAGAUUCCUGGCCCACACAGGCGACUUCUCUCUUGGCUCUGGACUAGAAAUUGGCCUACAGAGGAUAGCAUCUCUAGGAUUUUCCCAUCAUGCCAAGAGAAGUUAUUUUCUGAUUUUACAUAUGUUUGCACAUCAUUGUACAUCCAAACAGACCUCUUUUCUUAAAGCCAAACUCCCAAACCACUAAAUACUUGCAAAAGGACUUUAGGACAGAGAAUUGUAGCUACCCUCAGAGGUCAUUUGUUCCAACCUCUUUCCUUUUAUAGGAGAAGAAACUGAGGCCUAUGGAGAACUGACUUGACAAGUGGCAGGCCUGCCUUUAAUCCAAGGUUCCUGAGCCUUGUCUGGUGCUCUUAAACUGCCCAAGUUGGGCCUGGUUUUCCUGUUUGGGGAGUGGCCCAAUUCUACUCAUAAAAGUCAUGGAGUCUUCAAAGUAGGAGGAGGCACCAGGCUCCACCACUCCUAAGCCACAAUCCCUUCUACAACCUCCUCAGCAAGGGGUUAGCCAAUCUCUGCCCUCCAGGGACGAGGACCUCUGUAAGGCAAGUUCCAUCUGGGGACAACUUUAAUUGUUAGGAAAUGUGUGUGUGUGUGUGUGUGUGUGUGUGUGUGUGUGCGCGCGUGUGUUUGAGUGUGUGUUUGGUGAGGGUAGAAGCAUGAUGGAAUGGAUAGGACACUGGACUUGACAUCAGGAAGGCCUGGGUUCAGAUUCUACCCCUGACACUUGCUGGCCGCAUGACCUCAGGGGAGCCAUUGACCCUUUGAGCCUCAGUUUCCUCCAUUGUAAAUUGAGAGUCAGACCCAAUGGCCUGAAAGUUCCUUUCUCUCAUUGUCCCCUAGCCUGGCUUGUACUAUGUGAUCUUAACAAGCAGCGUGACUUCUCUAUGCCUGGACUUUCCAAUCUAUCAUUCUGUGUUCUGAGUGGCAGGACCCAUUAAGCCACUACUAACCCUGCCAGGCCCCCGCUACCCCUGGGGACUGGGAAAGGCACCCUCCUCCACCUUCUUCUCUAUCCUUCUCAUCUUUCUUCACCCCACCCUUUCCAAUCUCCUGCCAUCACCCCUCAGACACAUACUAUGCUGUGGCUCAUGGGUAAUGCUCCUAAGGCUCUAGAACAUGGCCCAAAGUCCCCCACACCUGCUCUGCCUUAUGCAGACAAGUAUGGCUGGUGGCUGAUGCCCGCUACUGCCUGGGCUUAAAUGGGCCGUGCAGCCUUUCCCUAGGCUCCUGGGCACUCAAGGACAACAGAGACAGGUGUCAUUUAGAACUAGAAUUUCCCAGAGCCCCCAGCCCCAGCUGCAGCAGUGGCUUGGCAAGUCCUUGAGGACAUUGGGACCCAGACUAUUGGAAUAAACUGGCUUCAUUGGAGGUUGCUGCCCAGCCCCUGAGGCCUCCAGUGCCCAAUGGCUCAGAAAGGCAGUAGGGGAACUGCUGUUGACCCUAUCACAGCCUGAGGGUCCUUGGCCCAGGAUUCAUUUGGAACUUCAAAUGAAUAUUUCAGCCACAGGAAAUGGAUUUAACUGUUUGGCUAUGGGCAACUUAAAGGAGCUGUUGGGUAUGACAGGGUAUGAUCCAAAUUCUUCCCUCAGAUUUGGCCCCUGGAUCAAGGAAAAUGACAAUGUGGGUCUCGGUUUCCUCAUCUGUUAAAGUAAAAGAGUUGGACUGGAUGAUUUGAGGCUCCCUCCAGACCUGGCAUUCUUUUUUUUUUAAAUAUAUUUUAUUUGAUCAUUUCCAAGCAUUAUUCGUUAAAGACAUAGAUCAUUUUCUUUUCCUCCCCCCACCCCCCAUAGCCGACGCGUAAAUCCACUGGGCAUUAGAUGUUUUCUUGAUUUGAACCCAUUGCUUUGUUGAUAGCAGACCUGGCAUUCUAAGAAACUUCCUUUGGCUUAUUUCUAAGAGAGCAGGCUAUGGAGUCUGAGGGCCCAGGGAGCCAAGGUUUCAGCCCUGGCUGUUCCUUCUACUUCUCUCUGAAAGGCCUCAGAGAUCAGGUCUUCCUCUCAGGUGCCUGACUGCCCAUUGCCAAGAUCAGCAGCAAUGCUGACUGACGGUGCUCACUGUGACCCUGGAUCCCAGUUUGGAUCCCCCAGCCCCCAUGGGACCACAGACCCCAUGGAGAGGGCUAACAUGGCCUUUGGGCCCUGUGGUGAAAAGGGUCAGACAUACCAAAAGAAAAGAGGUCCACCUCUCCUUUCUGUGGCCCCAAGAAGGGCCUUGGAUUUGUCAUUGUAAGAGCCAGGUUUGACUCCCAAUCCUGCUACCUACCCAAUAGCUAUGAAACCCUAGGCAAGCCUUCCCUCUUUCCCUUCAUCUGCAAAGGGAGGGGCAAUGGACUCAAUGGUCUCAAAGGUCUUUUCCAGGUCUUAGUGCUCCUAGACCCAUCCUUCCCAUCCUCCGAGUUGAAUUCUUACUUGAACUUGAAUCAGAAACCCUUUCUCAUUCCAGGUCUGACUCCCAUAAGCCAUUUGAUAGCCUGGGGAGGCAGUCCUGGCCCAAAGGCAGCUGCUUUUUUCCCUGUCUGACUCCUCCCUUCCCAGGAUGCUACACCUCUCAGGUGUGGGAUGGAAGAUACAGAAUGAACCUUCAGGGCCUUCACAGGUUAAGGCAGCCUCUUUUAAAACCUCCACUGGCUCAGAAGACCUCUCUGUCUCUGAAGCAUCCCCAGAGAAAACCACAACGAAUUAACUUAGACUAUUCAGAGUAGCCCCCUGUGUAAAGCAGUUCAGAGAGAGAUCCAUAAUUCUGAAGCUGGAAGACACCUUCAAAGUCAUUGGGCCCAGUUGCAUUUUGAGCAGGAGCCUCCUCAAUACAACCCCGACAAGUGACCAUGCAGCCUCUGCUGGAACACCUUCCCCAAGGAAAGGCGAGUGGCUCCUGCCAAAUUGCUUCUGGACAGGUAGCCACUGAGAGGUAGACUGUUUAGUCUGGUUCUGCAUCUGGAACUAAGGAGGAAAUCAGAACAGGCUCUUGGAACCGCAUCCUCAGUUUGAGUCGAUCCCUUUGCCUUCUGCUUCUCUUUGCCAUAUUUAGCUGCAGGCUCAGAAGAGGAGUCAGCUUUCCACCAUCGUGGCACCUCUGAGUGGCCUAGUCUAGCCUGUUGGGUUGAAUAGGAGCUCCUAGCUGAGGGACUCAGGGCAGCCACCUUACCCCUUCUCAACGGUCACAAUGGUUGAGUUUUUCCUUCUGGUGGGCCAAAAUUGGCCUGUCUGCAACUUCUCAUCUCUCACAUCCCCACGCCGUUUUCACUUCUCCAGUCUCAGCAUCCUUGGGACUUUCCAGCAGUCCUUGGAUAUGAUUGUUUUCCUCUGGCCAUUCCCCAACUGAAGUGCUGCUUCAUCCCAAACCUUUAACAAAGCCCUGGCUGGCCUUAGCUUCUCAGUUACCAACCACUUCUCUGGCCCCUUGGGUUGGAGUUCCCUCUAUAAUCUUCCUUUGGUUAGUUACAUGGGUCAUUUUUAAGGUUAGCUCAGAGAGGACCCAGCCACAACAUCCAUGGAAUGAAGGACAUCUUAUCUAAUAUGCCUCUUAGAUGAACCUUUCCCUUUGUUUCCAUCUCCAUCUCAGUCUCUUUCUACUGUUCAGAAUAAGGAACUUCAUGGACCAAGGUCACGAUGAGAGAGAAAUGAUUUGUCAUCAGAAACUUACUCCCAAGAAAUCCUUUUCCAAGGCAGUUUGAAAUUAGUUGUUAAGAACACUCUGUCCCUCACUUUCUCCUGUGAAUCUAUACUUUUACUGCUGGGGAAGCAGAUCCUAAGAGACCAUAGAAUGUGAAGAAGUAGGAUCAGUGUUGACAUUCAAACUCCUGAUAGCCAGUCCAGAAGGAAGGGCCCUCAGCCACUCUUGAAAGUUGUCAUUAACAAAAGCUAGAGACAGCCUCAGUGGGAAUUCAGCCUUUAGGGCACAUUUCCCAGUUUUCAUAAGGAAUGUCCUAAACCAAUGGCGGCAAACCUUUUAGAAGAGCGGGUGAUGUAAGAAAUGUCCUCAGGUGCCUGUGGAGAAGGGGAGGGGAACAGCCUGGCCCCAUGUCCCUCUGGCUUUCUAGUAAUGAACUCUGGUGAACUCUCUGCUGGGGCAGUGAUGCACAUGCCUACAGAGAGGGCUCUGAGUGCCCCCCUGGCAUGUGGCAUAGGUUCACCACCACAGUCCUAGGCAAUGAUGAAGCUUUAAAAAAGGGAAAAAUUGAACUAAUGGAAGGCAAGUAAGGAGAGAAGGGGCAAAGUCUGGCUGUCCUCCUGGUAAGACAAGUCAUGAGCAUAUGGUUGAAUUUUUUUCCCAGACAGCCUAGAACACAUUUCCUUACCACUUUUAGAAAUGAAUAUUCAGACAAAGAAAACUUCUUGCACAUAGGGUAGGUAGAGAGAAUUAGCUCGGUUUCUAGCUCCUUCAAAGAGGGUGCCCUGAAGAUCCCAAAGUGUAACUAUAUCAAAAGUGCUGAUGGUUUCCAAGUUUCCCAUUUUCCUUUCCUCUUCUGUUCCCACCCCCACCCCCGGUACUUCCCUGUUUUCUUCUCUGUCUUUAGGCCUGGCAGAAUCAUGGAAUGUCAGAGCUAGAAGACAUCUUUGAACCAAAAAUGAUGGAGAACCUCCCUCUCAUAUUUGCCAGUCUAACAGUAGCUAGGGCUCAUCCAUCUCCUAAGGCAAGGCAAGGCAAGGCAAGCAAGGCUACCUUCUCUAGCAGGCAGUUCUCUAGCCAGAUGCUUAAAGUCUUAUAUGACAGCCUCCGACACUCCCAUGAUAUGAGCCUACCUGCGCUGCACAAGCCAGGAAACCAAGACUGCCAAGCCAGAGAGGUAGAAACGGAACUGUAGAAAUGUCUUGACUUGAAGAAAAAUGCUUUAGGCAAAGGUGUUCAUGAACAGCACUGUAGGAAGCAGAGUUGGAAGGCUUGGAUUUCCGGGCCCCCGCUUUGCUCUUCACAAGCUCUAUGACCGUGGAUGAGCCACUUCACCUUGUUAGGCUCUUAGCUCCUCUUCUGUUUACUGAGUGAGUCGUUCUCAUUCCCUAUUGCCCUUCUAGCUCCAAAUCCUCAAGUCUAAAGAGCUGUCUCUUCCUCCUACCCCAGUCCCUUUCGCUACUUUGCAUGAGCUUCGCCUAGUAUUUGUACUUCUUUAUCUUAGUGUGGCCUCCUCAGAUUUCCAGAUGGCAGGCAGUGCCUCCAAAUUUGACCGUUGCCUACUGUCACCCUGCCUGCUGCUUGAGUUGGAGCUCUCUUGGCUCCAAGAAGUAAUGGAAUUAGGGUUAGAGCCAGCCUGUCCAUCCCUGGAAGAAGAAUGGAGUUCUCCUUCCUCGGCGGCUUGAAUUCUAGGGGCACUGAGCAUCUCGCCAGUGCUAACUUGCUUUGGGACAUUUGGUGGAGCCAUAUAGUCCAAGAAGCAGGCCCAUCACCCCCAGAAUAACCAGCUAGAAGUACUCUCCUGUCCAUAGCAUAUUGUGAUUUUUCUUAGUUCCAUCUGGAGUGUGAGCUCCUUAGAGGCAGGGCCUGGGCCUUAUUCAUCAUUGCAUCCCAGAGCACCCCGGCACAGCUAGAGCUUGCCACUUAGAAGGCACUCCUUGGGAGAGUGGCUGAGAGAAAGGGGAUGAAGGAGACAGAAGGAGAGAGGAUGAGAAAGUGAAUGGAAUGAAAGUCUUCCUUCCCAUGUCCCCUGGAGCCAUGUUUCUGGACCACAUCUUGAAAAGGAGAGAGAGGAGGCCAAGGUUCCGCUUGAGUUUAGGACUUGGAGUAGUGAAGGUGAAAGCACCUAAUCUGACUCAUUCAAAUUACAGCUAGGAAAACUGAGGCCCUGUGGGAGGGAGGGAGGGAUCUCCACUCACAUUUGCAUUGCACUUUCUAUUUUACAAAGCACUUUCAUAAACCUUUUGUUAAUCUGAUCCUCAUGAGGUACAGCCUUCUGAGGGCCAUUUUUCCAAAGGAAAAGCGCCCCUGUAGACCAAGUGGGUGGCAAAGCCAGUGGCAGGAUAUAGGGUCCCAGGUCCCCUUUGGCCAGUGUUUUUUCUAGACUUCACUGAAACUGCCCCAUUUGCCCAUCACAUCCCUAGAAGAAUGGGGCACAGGCUCCUUCCACCAAGCUUGGGGGAGGGAAGUAAGCUCAUCAGUGGUUGGUAGGAAGACACUCUUCAACCCCCAUGACCACUCAGCCAGGCCCACCACCACCGCCAAUCAAAACCAGUCUUUCUUUUCCCCAAAAAAAAUUUCCUUCCUUUGUGGAGACCUUCCAAGCUGGCUUGGCCUGCAGGUAGGAAAGAGUGGGGGGUAUGGUCCUCCUGUCAUUUUCUGGAAUGUCUGCCUUCUACCCAAUUCCCUCUGCUCUCUUCUAUGCACCAAAAUUGUGAGGACACACAACCCUUGCCCCCAACCACCAGACCUGGGGACCGGCACAUUGGUGCCUCGUGCCUCGCACCUCGCCUUAUGAGAGUGGCGAUGGCCCGAGUGCCCCAUGCCCGGGCUGGCCUUGGUUUCAGUGAGAGCUGGCUGCCCGUCCAGAGAGAGCCCCAUUGGCUUCAGACUUGUGAACUGGCACAUGCUUCAAGCUGCUUGGUGACUGAGCCCCAUCAUCCUCCAGCUAGCGUUAAAAAGCCAUCCCACAUGGUGGGAUCCAAGCCCUUUGCAUUUAGUCCAUAGAUGUUGCUGCCUGUAUCUCCCACUGUACGUGGUUUGCUAAGUGUGAGCAAGUGUGUCUUACCCAGUGUCAUGGGUUUUGCUUGCCUUGAUGUGGACCCCAGAAGGUAUCAGUGGGACAGUUGCUAAGCCAGCUCCCCUCGGGGAGAGCGGAGAGAGCAGCUUUUCAAGGCCUGUGUGUGAACUACAUUUGUUAGCGACAUAUAUACAACAUAACCUCCCAGACUGCUGACGCUUUAUGCAUGUGGUAAUAAAAAGACUAAUAAAGAUCGGCUUUGUGUGGGCCUCUGCCAA